GUCUCACAUCCACAGACAUUUUCAGAGGCAGCUAAACGGUCUGAGCAGCACUUUUGACGUCAGGAAUUAUCAUUAUAUCCUACUCUCUCAUCCGGGUCUUUUCCUCCUCUUCAGGUUUUAAUAUUUACUCCAUCCUCAGCAGCAGCAGCAGCAGCGGCAGCAGCGGGGGCUUACAGCCUUAACAACAACACAAACACUUAUGCAUCCAUGUAACGAGGAGCCGCGGCUGCUGGAGGAGCACUGAUCCACACUCGGCUCCAUCUCUCCAUCUGCUGCUGCUAUUUACUCCUCAACUUUUCCCUUCCUGCAUCAUCAGAGAGGAUGUUUGCGUUCCGGAUCAACAAGUCCCCCUCUUUCUUCACGCAGUAACUGUGGAUGGCUGCGGAAUGGAGAUAGCCUUGGUGAGUUUUGAGAACGGCGGCGCCAAAGGGAGCGGUGGUGGUGGUGGUGGAGGCAAUAAUGCCGAGGAGAGCUGCCGGAACGCGCUGGACGUCCCUCAGUCGGGUUUCGUUCAAAGUGGACUCGGAGAGGACUACGGUAAAGAGCUGAACACCCGGGGGACUUCUCCUCCUCAUCAUCAUCAUCAGCAGCAGAACCUCCACCAGAGCUCGUGGAAAAUCAACGACAUGAACAACACUUUCAGCUGCAGCGAGAACGCCAUGGAUGCGCUUUUACGCGCGGACCACAGUCCCCAUCUGUUCGAUGAGGACCUGCUGGACAUGGACAUGGACACGGAGAGCAACGAAAGGGUGCUCAUCAACAUAGCCGGGCUUAGGUACGAGACCCAGCUGGGCACCUUGAACCAGUUCCCGGACACUUUGCUUGGAGAUCCCGCAAAGAGGAUAAAAUACUUCGACCCGCUCCGGAACGAGUACUUUUUCGACCGGAACAGGCCGAGCUUUGACGGGAUUCUCUAUUUCUAUCAGUCCGGGGGAAAGAUCCGGAGACCAGUGAACGUGUCCAUAGAUGUGUUCGCGGAUGAGAUUAGGUUUUACCAGCUGGGAGAGGAGGCCAUGGAGAGGUUCAGGGAGGAUGAAGGCUUCAUUAAAGAGGAGGAGAAGCCGCUGCCUCAGAACGAGUUCCAGAAGCAGGUUUGGCUCAUUUUCGAGUACCCGGAGAGCUCCAGCCCGGCGCGGGGCAUCGCCAUCGUGUCCGUCAUCGUUAUCACCAUAUCCAUCAUCACCUUUUGCCUGGAGACGCUGCCGGAGUUCAGGGACGAGAGGGAGCUGGCGGUGACGAGUCGGCUGGACAACAGCACCGCUCCCCGGCCGUCCCUCACCUUCACGGAUCCCUUCUUCAUCAUCGAGACCACAUGCGUCAUCUGGUUCACUUUCGAGCUGUUCGUGCGCUUCUUCGCGUGUCCCAGCAAGUCCGAGUUCUCCAAAACCAUCAUGAACAUCAUCGACAUCAUGUCCAUCAUGCCUUACUUCAUCACAGUGGGCACGGAGCUCGCGGAGCAGCAGGGUCAAGAGCACCAGAACGGACAGCAGGCCAUGUCUCUGGCCAUCCUCAGGGUCAUCCGCCUGGUCCGAGUCUUCCGGAUCUUUAAGCUCUCCAGACACUCAAAGGGGCUCCAGAUCCUGGGUCAGACUCUGAAAGCCAGCAUGCGCGAGCUCGGUCUCCUUAUCUUCUUCCUCUUCAUCGGAGUCAUCCUCUUUUCGAGCGCGGUGUUCUUCGCUGAAGCGGACGAGCCGGAGUCGCACUUUUCCAGCAUCCCGGAUGCCUUCUGGUGGGCCGUGGUCACCAUGACAACCGUGGGCUACGGCGACAUGAGGCCGGUGACGGUAGGGGGAAAGAUAGUGGGCUCUCUGUGCGCCAUCGCCGGCGUGCUCACCAUCGCGCUACCUGUCCCUGUCAUCGUGUCAAACUUUAACUACUUCUACCACCGAGAGACGGACCAGGACCAGUCCUCUCUGAAGGAUGAGCCGAACAGCGGCCGGGAUAGCCCCGAACUGAAACGCAAGGGGAGUAAGUCCUCCACCAAGUCGCAGGACGCGGAGAACAACGACGCGUCUGCCGCUUCGGUGGAGAAAGCGAACAUUAAAGCGAACAGCAGCAUGGACUUCAAGAGAUCCCUUUACGCUUUCUGCUUGGACACACGGGAGACAGACCUGUAGUCCUGCAGCUGCAGCCUCCUCUCCUUUAACAAACUCUCACAAGCCCAUAGUCGUGUAGAAUAAACCCCUCUUAAUGGGCUCUUUGCACACAGCAGUCUGCAGGAUCAACACUUUGAAAUCCUGAAAAGUUUUUAGAGUAAAAGAGAGAGAGGGGUGGUUUAUAAAAAGCACAUUUUAAUCCUCCUCGUGUGGAGAUAAAACUGAGGAGUUAUGAACAGAGCCAUGCAACACAGCGCCCCUUUAAAGCAGGAGCACCUAAAGGACACAGAGUGUGGAAAAUAGGACAUGUUGUCUAUGCUGCAGAUAAUCAAGGACAUGCAGGACUGGGAAUAAUUACUUGACAUGUUGAGAGGAUUAACAAGGACAACCAGACUCUGUACAUAAUGUAGGAGGCAGUCCAUGCUCAGUAGUGCAACCACGAGAAAAAGCCAAAUUUUAUUUUUCGUACCUUCCCUACAUUAGUUAUUAUGUUUACGCUGAAAUUCUGCAGCAAAUCUGUACAUAUGUCCCGCAGGCCUGCUGUUUCUGAAUCAGAUUAUGGUGUUAUUUUAGAUUCCAUGAGAAAAAAAAAAGACAACAGAUAUAUUUUUGAAAAGCAGAGACCUGUGUCGGUCCACUCAGGUUCUGUCUGUAAAGUGAGAUCAUUCCUUUUUCUAAAUACGUCUCAAGAGAGGAAUUUUUAGCCUUGACUUAAGAUCAUUUUAAACUUAAGAACAUUUUAGAUUUUUUUUUUUUAAGAGGAAAAGGACAAAAUAUGGAAGUACUUCACGAUAGUUAAGAAAGAGGACGGCGCAGAGACCAUCUGGAGAGCUCAAGCAGCACGGAAACCAGGUGAGUAUAUGAGAAAAAUCACUUUAAAUUAAUACGAUUCUGUUUGCAUGUGCAGUGAGUUUUGGCACAAAUGUUGCCCCGUACAUGUAUGUGGUGCUGAAAUGACAGCGCCUCAUGUACGGGGCAACAUUAAUGUCAAAAUCCAGACCUUGUGUUGAAGUUUAUUCUACGUUUAAGACAAUGAGGUAUAUGAUCAAACUUGUAGGUGAUGUAAAUAGAAAACUGUUUGAAAAAUGAAUGAGGGAAGCACUGAGCUAGCAGUGAACAUUAUUAUUUAUAUGUUUUGUCCAAUUACUUACAAAGGAUUGGAGAGAUGUGUUUGUUUGAAGGCUGAAAUAACAGACUGAGAGGGAGACUUGUCUCCGAACAGGCGUCCAAUCACAGCGUAAGGGGGGUGUGAUGUCAUAUCAUCAGUUUGGGAAAGUUAGGGAAAUCAUCACACAGACUCCACCCCCUGUAAACUGAUGUUAGGCAAUGUUGGGAGGCGGUCUCUGAAGAUGUCCAGCCAUUGGACAGGAGUUUACUGCGGACUUGAUAACAUCUUAAAGGUCCUACGGCAUGACUCAAGAACAAGUCUGACUAAAUACAUCAGUUUGAGUUUUAUCAUCUUAUUAACAGUGCGUGUAAACUAAUGAGUAUGGACUUUAGACUAUAAAACAGGGACCGAAUCUCGUUGGUGUCACCCAUUUCUGUCUGAGGUGGAGUUUCCAGACAGUCAGCGAUGGUUGCCAUAUUGGAAAUGCUGGCUCAGCCCAACUUUUGGUCAACUUACCUUGAGGCAAAGAGACGGAGUUGAGGCCUUUCACCUUUUUCCUAACAGCUGUGGUGUCAGUCAAGUCUGCUGUGCCUCUGAUUUGCCAAAAUUGUAACCUUGAUUUCUUUUAAACAAAUACUUUACAAAUAAUUCCACUUCCUGUAAAGUGUGUGCCAUGAACCUAAACCAAUGUAGGAACCAGGCUGCAAAAGUGUUUAUUCUGCCUUUAAAGAUGAGCUUUUUGGGAUUAGUGUGUGUGUGGUUUCUGGUGCUUCUGCAGCCAGCCUCUAGUGGUCACUAAGGGAACUACAGUUUUUAGAUUCCUUAGAAUCGGCUUCAUCUUUUUAAAGACCAGCGGUUGCCACUUUCUAUAGACAUAAUUGUUCUCUUUUUUGACAAGGUAGACAGUAUUUUUGUUCAUAGACAUCUGUACUGUCAGGCUUUGUUUGGUUCUGUUUGUGCCCAUUUUUGUGCUUGUUGGUGAACUGAAUCAGAAUCAGCUUCAUAUUUGAGGUAUGUGUUAGGGUAGUAAAUCAAAACUAAUGCAGUAAUUUUCAGAUUGCUGAUAUCCAUAACCUAAACUAAAGUGAUUUUGUUGCUGUAACUGAUCUACAGAUAGGGGUUAUUUAGUAUAAGAACACUUUAGACACAGUCAAAUGAAAAAAAGUGCCAUGAUGUGAGAGGUAGAAACUGUAAUUGUAUGUCAGUGUAAUUCUCAGAACACAAUAUUGUGUGCGUAGACAAUCUCUUUGUUUUAAGACAGUCCAACACCAGUUAAAGUCCAUAUAUAGUAUGCACAAGUAGUUCAUAAUGACUCAUAGCCAGGGUGGAUGAAUGGAUCAAUGUAAGACUUUGUUGAAAAGGCAAAAGACAAACAAUAUAGUAAAUAAAAACUACAGUGAGAAACUUUUCAAAGAACAAAAAAACAGUCCUAGCAAUACAUGCUUAAGUAUUGUCUUCUUACAAAAGAAGUCAAAAUUUGUCAUGUAGAAAUUUUUAAAAGGAGAGCUGUUUCUUUAGCUGCUUUGCUGGCACCUACCCUCUCACUUCAGUCUGAGUCAUUAAAAUUAUACCGUAAAAAUGAUCGAUCUUAUUGCAGACGGUCUUGUUUGCUUUCAGAUAUCAUAGAAAAGCAUCAAUAUGAAUUUCAGCCAACAUUAAAAAAACUCACAGGAGCUUUAAUUUCAAAUACAACUCUAUGUCCGUAACAAACACGCUGAUUUAAAGUCAAACCACAAUCUUUCUUAAACUGUAGACAAACUUUUGGGAGUCAUGUGCUUCAGACACUUUCUGUAGUUUGGGUUUGAGAACGUGUUUGUGAAAUUUUAGAGGUCAGGGUAUCUUGAGCGUCGUCAUGCGUCCUCUGAAUAAGCACCAGUUCAAGCCACGUCUGAUGAGUCUCCUGCCGGAGGGGAGAUUUCUGAAUCAUCGCGCUUUAGUUGCAGCCCACAGUCCAAAGUGACUGAUGGAUUAGACAAAGUUUACCAUCCCCAGGCUAAAGAUUAAUCCCGCUCAUGGUGGGUUUGGUUGUUUUCAGGUCGUAUGGUCUGUCCUUCGACCUCUGCAUGUUUCCGACAGACUGUGGGAGCAGGCUGUGUUCAGAACUCUAUGGUAGAACAAAAUGAACGCUGAGUCUGACCCGUUUGACUGGAGGACAAGUUGGAAGUCUUUCAAAGCAGAUUACAGCGAGCUUUGCAGCGUGCCAUUACAGAUGGAUGUGUGUCUGUGUUAGUGUAGCUGUGUGAGUGUGUGUAGUGGAGGGGGGUUAUUGAAUACAGACUUUUUAUCCAGCGCUUAAACGGUACGAUGACAAUAAUGAUUUAUAUCCGCCUCUGAAUGGAAAUGAAAACGGAGCAUUGUCAUUGGUCUUCUUCCGAACACAAAUCCUCCUGCAUUUUGACCGUUUUAUAAGCUUCUUUCAAAGAACGGAAUAAAGAUGCUUUUCCAAAAGUUAGGUGUAUUAAAAACAAAAAUAUCUCUGGGCAGGUCAGAGCUAUCACAACGUUUGUCAAACCCAAGAACCUUCAGUAGUGGCUGUUAUUGUUAUGGCUGCUUAGUUUUAAAAAUCUAACUCACAUUCUGCUGGAUUCAACUUUAUUCAAGAGGUGAUAUAAUGCUGCGUUUGAGUUACUUCAAAAGUCGAAUGUUGGAGCUAAAAAUGACGUCACACCUGAGUUCCCAGUGUUUCAGUUACCAAGUCGGAAAAAAGCAAAAUCACAGGCCUGAAACAAGAUUACUAUAUCUAUGAAAGUUAUUUUAGGACUUGCCUUAUAUUCGGACAAGACAAGCGCUAAAAUAACUUUCGUUGAUGUAGCCAUCUUGUUUCCGCCUCCGAUUUUUCUUCUGUCCGACUUGGUGACUAAAACGCUGGGAACGCGGGUGUGACGUCAUUUUCAGCUCGGACUUCUGACUUCCGAGGUAACUCGAACGCAUCAUAAGCACUGAAGACCACAAUGCCUUUGGAGGCUAACCCCCAAUUUCCACCGCAUCUGGAACGGCUACGAAAAGGCCAUAUCCGCCAACCGCAACUGAUCUUAACCAUUCAAGUCAAUCUCCACCGGCUUCUUUCUGUUGCGCUGUGGAUCAGCGAACUCCACAGCCGAUUGCAAGAGUUCUAUUUUUUUUUGGACGCCACAGCAUGCCGCAUAAAUUCCACCCAGAUUAGUCCGUGCUGGAAAGGAAGUCGGGCACAGACACAAAAUAAAACAUCUGGCUUCUUUUCAAAAUAAAUACAACGUGUUUCAGGCAGAUCGUAUUUUACACCAUUCAAACAGGCGGGAACAAACAAGUGAAAACCUCUCACUUUCACCCCGAUGACACCAUGGAUGAGAAGAUGCUGAUUCUCAAAGUCUGGAAGUGGAUUUCCUCCUCUGGAGGGACGCAAUCUACUGCUUGAAUCUGCGGGUUCUUGUGAGUUCUCAUGAUUCCUGCUGUCUAUAAUCCGCCAUGAAAUUCGCCUCACAAGUGGACCCAGUAGGAAUUGGCGGACGGCAGAAAUCGCUGCCGUUCUGGAUGUGGUGGAAAUUUGGGGGUAAAACUAUUUGGAGCAACAAUGUGUGAUCUGCUAGGAUGGGUGCCCACUUUAAACAUCUAAAUCUAAUGGUUUCCAGCUGAACAUCAGUCGCCUUUGUUUUUCAUGACAUUUUGAAGUAGCCAAACCUCCCACUAAUAACUCAAACUACUGCCCAGUCCUACAGAUACUGGCAUGAAAACCCAUGAAGAGCCCUCCACACUAGUGACAACGUCUUAUUUGUUCUUGAAAACCCACCGUGAAUUAGAUAAAUAGUCACGAUUUGCUCGCUGUGACUCAGACCAGACCGAAACUCUGUCUGCAAAGUAUGUUACAGCACUCAUGCAAAAUGAGAUGUUCUGAGAGGAGAUUAAGAUUGGGUGUAGAGUCAAACACUUUAUGUCCAUGAUAAGCUUAUAUUUUGAUUUUGUCAGUGCAGCAAUAUUGUAUAAGCAAACAAAAUAAAAUCCGCCUGUAACUGAGAAAGUCAACAAACAUAUUUGCAUCUAUCAGGCUACAAUACCCCUUGUCUGCACUGUCAUUAUUGCAUACGUUGUUAGAUAGACAGUGGCAAUACAUUGUGGCAGUGUAGAGGAUAAUGAUAGAGGCUGACUCAGUGUUCUGCAGGCGAUGUGAUCUUUAUUACAUCAGGAUAAGUGUUUGUUGGUAGCGGACUGGAGAUCUGCCAGCAGGGUCAAAGGCUGCUGCAAGAGAUAUGAAGCUGAGCCUGAAGACAAGCAGCUGGGAGACAAAAACCCAACAAAGUUCAUUCAUAACUUUUUUUCUUGGUCGGCACGAGCACAAGACGAUGAAGCAGAAGACAGUUAAGUAGGUAGUUUUAAGACUAUUUAUGAAGUAAAGCGAGAGAAAAAAGCAGUGGAUAAGAGAUGUGUCUAUGGGAGCGUCCUUUGUUUCAAUACGCUCGCAUUCAGACAGUCAGAGUUAGUUAUUGGCAUACCCAUACUUCCUUAAUGUAUCUAAGGAUCCAAAGAAAAAAAAAAAAAAAAAAAAAACCUUGAGGAAGUCAAAGAGCUUAAAAUUUGACAUAGAUAGUUUUCAUUCAAGGUGUUUUUUAGAGAUGCACAGAUCAAUUUUUUUUCUGAUCCAGUCCGAUACCGAUACUUGGGCAGAGCGUAUCGGCCGAGAUCUGAUACCGGUCCAAUACUACUGCUGAAUGAAUGAACUGUAUACCUUGCCCUGUGAGUGAAGGCAUCGGGCUUGACAUUAGCCUUUUAUGAAAAAAAAAGGUAACGAAUUAACACUGAUAUAAAUUUACUUGAUUAUUAUUUAUUAACAAAUAACAAAUUGCACAUUAGCACACAGCAAAAAGAAGUAAGACUUCCAUGUAAACAUUUAGUGCAAAAGGAUAGACAGACAUAGAAUAUAGAUCGAAUUGAAUCGCUGAGUUGCUGUGUACGAUAUUAAUUAAAAUUUAAAAAAAAGACUGGAUUGGAAUGCUGGAUCGGCUGCAUUUAUCAGACAUUCGAUCCAUAAUUCGUCAAUAUCGGAGUGAAAAUCCAAUCCAAAUAUUGGAUUGGUACAUCCCUUUUUUUAUGGGUUGAUGGAUUGAAUUCAAAGUGCAAAUUCUUUUAGCCACAAAAACUGAAAAUCAGACUCAGACACUCACAGCCCUCAUGGUGCUGAGUCCAAAACAAACAAACAAACAUGACUAGAAAGUAUAAAGAUCUGCAAAGGUGAGAGGUCCUGUUGAAGGGUUUCUGUGCCGACAUGCUCUCCCUCAGAUUUGCAGAAAAGUAAACUCUUCAUCACAGGGGCUUCCUGCUGAAUGGAUCAUUAUGCUUUUUUGUUCAGCUCCAAAUUUGAAAAAAAAAAAGAAGGUUGAGACAUUUUAAAUUGAAUCAUGUGACCAAACUAUGCAGAAUAAAUGCACACUAAUAAGGACAGGGCUUCCCGUGUCUUUUUGCCCACACAGCAGACUCCCUUGUUUGUUUAUAAAGAUAUUUAACUCGCCUCGGUUCAUGAAUCCUUUCAGAGAGCUGUGAUUAAAUUGCGUGACUUUGGUGUUUUUCGUAUUAACUUUCUGGCUUCCAAAAAUGUGAUGUUGCAGUUUUGCUUUGUGCUAAAUCAUCUUUGCCCGGCUUUCGCUGACCUCAUCAUCCAUCAUCGGUCCCCUCCAGCCUUUAAUCAUUUCCGACUCUGCGGUUGAUUUUUGUGAGCGAUCCUGGCCCCUUCACUGCCCGAAUCCAGUUAGAUUACAUAACCUCGUAUGUAUUCAUUUUUUUCCCUCCCUCUCUACAGUAUGUGGAUGGUAUAACCAUGACAACAGUUGCUUUUGCAUGAAGAAAACAGUCAUUUAGCAUCAUCUCUGCUGUGCUGAGCUUGUGUCAGCGAGCACAGAGCUGCAGGACAAAAAUCUGUCCUGCAGAUCCACGUGGCCUCACCUACGCUGACACACGGCCAGCAGUGCAGCAUCUGGAUGCAGUCAAGCACACGACAUGUUAGCCUGCAUCUUUUAUUACUCUCAUCUCAUUUCACUCCGUAAUUACAGCCUCCAUCACCGUCCCCUCUUGUUCGUGUCACUGCUGCAGAAUCGUGCCUGCUCAUGGUUGCUCGGUCAGCUCCGACUCCACUUCGUCUUUCUGCUGAAAACACUCUCACGGGGGGGCCGUUAAAUCUGUAAACACCAGUGAGACAUUGUUCAUUUUCCUCUCCUUUUACAUUUUAUGCUCCAGUUUCCAUUCUUGAAAAGAAUCUGAAGGGAUGGCAGAUGUUAAAAUGUAUGUAUGUUAAUAGAGGCUGCAGGCAAAGUGAGUCAACAACACCAAAUGUUCACAGUAAACAACUCACAUGUAUAUGAAAUGGAAGACCUAUAUAUGCAGGCGUUAAAACAUCACAUAAUGUUCCAGAACUCUCAUUUAGUUACCUCCAGAACAUGCGCUUCUGUGAGGCUUAUGCAAGUAUUUACGAUUUAUAAAUAUUUAUUUGAGUUUUUCACUGUUUCAGAAAUGUUAGUUGUUGGAUGAAAGGAUAAAACCUUUGAUAGUUUCCAAUAUCCUGAGAUUAAAAAUGAUCUUUCUGAAAGUUUUGUAGAGCCGGUUGUGUUUUUCUAAUUGGGCCAUUUAUUGGAUCUGAGUAUCAUAUGGUCAUGAAUACCCCAUAAAAGGGCUCUUAGGGCAUUUCCUGUUUACUUCAGCAGGUUUAAUGGUUAAAAAAUUCCCCACAACAGUCCAUUCACUCAGUAUGUUUACAUGGCACUCGAGAAAAUCGAAUUAUUGCCUUAUUCCGAUUAAGACCAGACAACUGAAUUUAAUGUUAACAUCUUAGUCUGACUGUAAUCGGAGUUUUCAAACUCCAAUUGGAGUUGGAAAACUCUGAUUAAGACAUCCAGAUAAUGCGAUUGUAAUUCGAUUUUCUCUACCAUGUAAUCAGCGUAGCCGGAGUAUGAUUGGAUAAUGCAUGUGCACAUGCGCCACGCCCCUAUAACCUUGGAACAAAAACACCAGAGAAGAGUAGCGUGCAUCUCAUCUACUGAAAAAGUAGCGUGUACUUCAUGUACGACAAAACACAACACUGUACGAUGCUCCAACUUCUUGCUUGAAAAUGCCCAGAAUCAGUUUUAGCCACUUUUGACGUCUGGCACGGACCUGUUGUUGUUGUUGACAGUUGUAUGGGGUCAACCGGAAACAACACCACUGACAAGACCCAUAUCACCCCCUAGUUUUGGGGAGGAGAACAUGUUCAGGUCAAUAAUUCAAUUUUCUCAGCUCUCCGAUUCGGCGAAAAAAUAAAAACGAAUUAUGAGCUUAGUCCGAUUAAACUGUGCAUGUAAACGCGCUGACUGAGAGCGGCAUUAAAAGCAUUAAGAAUUGAUUAUCAUUUCUUCUCUUUGAGUUAAAUUUACAAAAACAAAUUGGACUUUUCCUCAAAGUUCAUCAGCUUUCUGCAGUUUACUUCACUGUUGUGUUUUUCUUGUGUUUGAGAUGAGCUGUCAGCAUUUUCACGCUCUGCUGCACAGAGCUGCAUUGUGCACUCCCAUCCUGACAGUGCAAAAUUAUAUCUGCAUAUUUAAUAAGCUGAGUGCAGAGUGAAAAUAAACAAAUAAAUGAAACUUACCAGUCUGUUGUUGAGUUGCUUCAUGACAGAUGUGACAGAAACUUCACUUCAUUUGCAUAGAAAGGGACCCAUUUUGCUCCAAAUGAAUGCAUGAUGGCUCUUUACAGUUUGCGCAAACAACACAGAUGCGCUCAGACAGUACUUGCUCGGCAGUUGUGCAGAGCGGUUUGUGGUGCAUUUAACCCUUUUGUGCAUGCUGUGUGAACUUCAUGUCUUUUUGGCACAUUUGCACAGGAUAAAGGGGUGUGAAUUCUGCAUAAUUUGUUGGUAAUUCAAGAGCGUACAGCCGUGGUAUAGACUCAAACAGGACACCCAUCCCAUACUAUGAUCACAAACUGCAGCUAAGGAUGAUUGUGAUGAAGUUAUUUCUGCAGGUAUUAACUCAUAAACUGAAGAUUGGACACAUUUUAACCUUGACCUGACAGUGGCACUGGAUAAACGAGUCAGAGGAUCACUGAAGUUAUUUAAUCCGGAGGAAAACUUGAAUGUCUGAACCACUUUUUCAGGCUUUGUUGUGGGAUUGUUUUCUCAGCCAAGACUGAACUUUGAUCCCCUGCAGAUUUUAAGUCUUUAAGUCUGAGUCAAAUACUGACAAAACCCAUAAAUCCUUUAUUCCACUUAUGAUAAUCUCUCUCCAGCCAAAACUGUUCAGCUGUCCAUGUCUGCAUGCAGUCUGUUAAGAGUAGCACUGGUCUGAGGCUCUUUACCUGCUCUGAGGCAGGAAAACCUCGACGUUCCAGAAUAUAAUGAUGUUUUGGCUGCUGGACUCUGCUGUCCGUAUACUUUUGGACAUGUGCUGUAAUGAGCUGCUCUCACAGCUUCACCUGUUUCCCUCCUGCUGUUUGUUGUUGUCGGACUAAACUGCUCUACAUCCCUCGUUUAUCUGCUGGACUCAUUAAUUAGCCAGAUGAAACAGGACUAUCCACGAGCGCUGGGACGCCGUCCAAUAGUCAUAAAUUCUGGCAGCGCCACGGCUGCUGUGUAAUCUGGUGGACUGGCGGGCGCUCUGCAGAUCCCAAUUAGGGGAAGCCGUAUGCUGCUGGCGGCCGGCGACUGCAGUUCGACCAAUGCUGCCAAAGAGGGACUCAGUGUCGUUCACUGAUACAUGAAAACAACCUGGAAGUAAGUCUGAUUCAGCUUUCAGGUAUUUACUGAGCCGCUGUCAUUUAUCUACUCGCCAAGAAACACUUUGGAGAGUAAAAAGCUGCUUUACAGUGUUGCAUCAGUUAUUUUUGGAGGGCAGGUGUGAAACUUAACAGGAUCUUAAACUGUCGAAAUAAAAUACAGCAGCGACGCUAACAUGCAUCCAUAAGCCUGAUCACAAAGUUCAGGUUUCCAGCAGCAGAGAUGUGACUCUCUUCAUACCAGUGUUGUGCUAGUUACUGAAAAAAUAGUAACUAGUUACAUUUACAGUUACUUUUUAAAAGUCAGUUACUUGAAACCAAAAUUUAUCAUUGGACUCUUGAUAUCGCUAAAAGAGAUCCAAAUAAACAAACAUACUUUGCUAUUGUUUUGUCAAGUUGUGUCUGGCUAUGAGUCUGUCUUUCGAACUCCAACCGCUGCUGCUUGGGUGGAGUGGGUGUGCGCUUGCUGCUGUGACUCUUGGUCGCAGAUGCUGCGUUACCUUAGCUGCUAACUUUUUCGAAGCAUGCCGCUUCUCUAGAUGCUUCAGUAGAAUGCUGUUGCUGUUGUCUGCUGGAUUUUUGACCCGGGACACAGUUUACAUGUUACCGAAAUGUUGUUUUUCCCUUUGCUCUUGAGUUGAAAAUAAUGUGAGUAUCUCCAUGAGGAGAAACUUCGCCAUCAUGCCGUUCCCUGACCUGUUCAGUCCUCUUCAUGGCGCAUAUUUGAUUACAUGUGUGACGCCAGAGGGUGACAAGUGCUUAGUUUUUCCAAUUCAAUUAGACUUUAUUGAUAGCUAAAAUGUUAUGGGAACUGUGUGCCGUUAUAAAACCUCACCAAACGGAACGGGAUGCAGCGUUUGGUAACGGAAACGGAGUCACUGAAUAAAAAAAAAAACACGUUACAUUAUUAGUUACUGAAUAAAGUGAUGCCGCUACUUAAUGGCGUUACUAAUACAGAAUGGCCUCACUAAAAAAAAACACACAAAAAAAUACUCUCUGUCCUCUUGGUCAGGGUUUAGCUGUAGACGAAUCAGUCUUGGAGAGCAUGACUGCAGUAAAAAUGCUGAGAAGCCUCAAACUAAUGAACUGUAGUAGUCGUUGGUACGAGCAUGACAGUAUUUUCUUUUGUAAGUCAAAUGACAGAACUUAUCCUGUCCAGAUUUGUCCUCUCUUUGUUUGCCAGUAUGUGCACGCUGCGAACAGACAACUAGCUAUUUUAUUUUAAGAUAUUUAGAUACAACAUCUCUGUGUUUAUCUCUAUAAAUUUGACUUGAGGGAGUCAUUUUAUACUCAGGGUCUGGAUCAUGUUGCAGUUUAAACUUACAGAACUACCUAUUAGCCAGUCAGGCAUCUGAAUGUAUUAAAAUAUACGGGAUCAUUAUUUGGAAAUUCUCAAGAAUCUUUAGUAGGUUUAGAUGGAUGUGGGCAUGGAUGUCAAAAGUUGCUCAUAUUUGUACAUACAGAGCACAGCGGUUGAGUAAAUGCACCAUGGCUCCUCUCACUGUUGUAUCACAGAGGCCUAAAAGCAGCGGCCCAACAUUUUGGGAAAGCCCCGAUAGCCAUCUCACCCUGAGUGGGAUGAACCGACGAGUCGUGACAGCGCGGCACCCCGAGAGAUGAAGGAUACGUCAGAUGAUUAGCUCAGGGGACUGCGGGGCAGAACAAUAACUGCACUAAUUGGCUUUGACUGUCAGGUCUGUAAAGAGAACGGGCUCACCUCUCGUGACAGUCGAGCAGGGAGCUUGGUGUAGGUGCAUCACGCCAGUCAGGACGAGCAGUCCUCUGAUGGCGGUUCACUUUAGAUAUACAAUUCAAAACAAAUCUCUGCAUCCUCACCUCUACAGCUUUAGGGUUUAAAUGCAGGACGUAAACUUGGAGGAGAACAAUUUAUAGUGCUGUAUGUGUACUCUUGUUUCUUACAGGUUUAUAUUCACUACUUAGACAUUAGUUUUCACAGAAACUAGAGAGUAACUCUCGUUUAUUUGUUGACAGUGCAGUAAGUCGUGUGUGUCUGCAGACAUGGAGACUGCAGAUUCAUGACCACAGCAUUUCUAGGACCCUUGUUGCUUGCAACAGCGUCACUUAAUGGCUUUCAAGGACAUAAAUGUUACCUGAACUGUUGUAAGAGUUUUAGAAAUGAGGUCCCAGAGCUGCAGUCCUGGAACUGCAGCUUUCGGCUCUGCAGACACAUAACAUUGUGGCUUUGAUUUUUGAUGAUUUGGGGCAAAUUUUUAGCAGGUAAGCAGUGGCAACUUUCCAGUCUUGAGAAAUAAAGCUGAUGGUGUAGUUCUAAGAACUGCAGUUCCCUGAGUGUCCACUAGAGGCUGGCUGCAGAAGAACCACAAACCACAUACACACUAAUUCAAAAGAGUCUAUUUUUAGAGCAAAAACAAAAAUGUUUACAGCCUGGUUCAAAAAGGGUUUAGGUCUGAUUAGCUUAGUGCUCCCAUGGCAACCACUAUAAAGAGAGCGAGUUCUUUGUAACAUGAUUGUUUUGAAGAUAAUACAAGACUAUCAAAUCAGAAGCAAAGCUGACUUGACUGACAGGCAAUCACACAGUGGCGGUUUGUGAGGAGCUUAAAGGCCCGCCUCUGGAAUGUUUACUAAAAGUUAGGUUGAGUCAGCAUAUUCAGUACGGCAACCGCCAUCGUUAGGUUUCAUGUCUCGGCUUCAGAAACAAAUGGGUGAUUUUACUGAUGCUAUGUCCAUUUAUCAUACAGUCUAUGGUCUAAACCAACAAGGUUUGGCCUCAUUUUGUUUUUCAGUCUGUUAUGCAGCAGGUCCCAUUGUGAUGAUAAGGUAGGCUAGCUAAGCAACAGUGGUGCACCAUGAUUGUUUGAUAUAUGUGCAGACAAAUCAGAGUUAAACUUUGACUUGAGGUGCAACAUCGUUGUUCUUCUAUUGUUUAAACCAGCAACAGUCUUGGUAACAACACUGAAUUACAUGCUCACAGAUGUAGCAUGGUGCUCUGCUUUGGUGUUCAAACCUGGACGGGAUUGGCUAUAAACGUUGAACAGUCUGAUCAGUCUUCUGUGCAGAUCACUGGAGGUAAAAUCACUCUUAACAUCCUUCACACCACAGAAAAAUAAGCCGAGAUUAUUUACAGUAAAAUAGAAAACUGCUUUGCAUGUCUAAUUCAGCAUACAAGUGUAAAGAGGAGGAGUGAACUAAUUAAGAUAAGGAAAACUCCUGCACUAUCUAACUUGCAAAACACACUUAUUUGCAACAUUUUGGCCCUUUGUGAUGUUUCUAAUCUUUUAUUUCAGUUAGUGCGUCAGAGUGUCACAUUAAGAUAAUCUGUAGAGCAGUUAAAACCACCUUUGCUGACUUUUGUUGCAGAUGAGGACUUAGAGUCAGUUUGACUAUCAUACAGUGUGUACCUGGCUCAUGCUGGCGCACACACUGUAAGACAGUCACACAGAUUUUGGACCUAAUUCUCCUUUUCUGACAAAAACCAGCAACAACCUGAUUAUCGGAUAGUUCUGACAAUUAAUUAAAAAUGUAAAACUCUUGUGCACAAAACUUAAGAAAAACAGCAACAUCACAAGGGGCCAAAUUGUUGUAAACCAUUUUUUUUUUUUUUUGUAAGUCAGAUAGUAUAGAGAUCAUUUCACUCCUCUCCUCUGCAUCUGUACCGUAAAUUGAGACACUUUGUUUUUUUAUACUGCAAAUUAUCUUGCAAGGUCUGCCUUUAAUGUGAGGGAAGAUGAUCUGCAUGGAGGAUGAUGUUCAGUAUUCACAAUCAGAAAUCUUUAAACGUAAGGAGAACCACCAAGCUGGCUGAGCAUGAGCUCUGCCCGUCUCUUGUGGAAUAAAACAAUAGCCAAUCAGGAAGCCAUCUGACUGAAGAAGGAAACACAAGAAAGGCAACCAUGGCAACAGUCGUGAGAAAUGUAGAACCCACUUGUUGAUACAUGGUGAGUGUUCAAGUGUUAACACAACAUACUAAUGCUGCGUUUCAGUUACUUCGAGAGUCGGAGCUGGGAAUGACACUACAGCAAAGUUGAUGGUGUUCCAGUAAACAAGUCGGAAAACCAAGAUGGACGCCUAGAGUUAGUCGUUGUUAGCUGUUGUUUACAAUUGUCAGCUAUUGUUAGUUGUUGUUAGCGAUUGUCUGUUGUUGUUAGCUGUUGUCAGCUAUACCAGUUGUAAACAAUGCUAACAAAGUAUUUUACUCUUACAAACACCAUAGCACCGUGUUCACAGUUAUGCUGCGUUCGAAUGACCUCAGAAGUCCGAGCUGAAAAUGACGUCACACCCAAGUUACCAGCGUUUCAGAUACCAAGUUGGAAAAAAGCAAAAUUGGAGACAGAAACAAAAUAGCUACAUCUACAGUUAUUUUAGCGCUUGCCUUGUCAGAAUGUAAAGCAAGCGCUAAAAUAACUUUAAUAGAUGUAGCCAUUUUGUCACAGGCCACUGAUUUGCUCUUGUCCGACUUGGUAACUGAAAUGCUGGUAACUCAGGUGUGACGCUAUUUUCAGCUCCGACUUCUGGCUUCUGAGGUCAUUCGAACGCAGUAUAAGACGAUGCACAGUACAACAUAUACCACUUAUUUAAUUUCACAAAAAUACAAAACACAAGCGCUAACAAAUCAUACAUUACGAGAGCUUUCACUGUUACUCCUUACUGUUGAUGCACUCUGCUGCCAUCUUGGAUAAUGACGUUGUCGUCAAGUCGGGGUUGGUGAGGAUCGUCCAACUUUCCGAGUCGGAAAUCCGACUUCCGAGUACAACUAGAAUGCAGCAUAACUGACGUGGGGAGGAGUUUCAAAAAAAUCAAUGUCACAGUGAAUGCAUCAGGAAGCUAAGCAGCUGGAAACUCUUAUCUCCUGUCGUCUGACGUAUUUUUUAUUCUAAAAUCUGACUGUGAAAGAUUUUUAUUAACAUCAUGUGGUAUUGAAGAAGACUGUUAACUACUGCAUUAGAGCAUGGAUUCAUUAGGAAAUUGUUUAAAUCAACUUUCUUUCAGACCUUCACACAAUCAAACUGCUUUUUCACAACAAAUGGACUCGCCUCAUGAGUUACUAUCAAUUCUACAUUUGCUUUAAUCGAAAACUGCGAUUCUCUGUCCAUUUCUGCGACACUCACUCUCUUGAUCCAGUAACUAUCGCGACAAAAGUUUUCUUAAUGAUUAGCUGUCCAUCCUCGAGCGCCUCGUGUUUGUGUGUUGUCAGGAUCCGAGCCUGAACUUGGAGCCGUGUCCUGAAAACUUGGCUGAGAUUAAAAAAGUUUGCGCGCUGACAGAGCGCUGCGGUCACAGCUGUCAGAUUGAUUGACGUCUCAUUUUACUUGGGGGCGCAGAGACGCUCAAAAUGUAUCCCUGACUAAUCCACAGAGGCUCUGUAAUCUGGGCUUGCUGAGCUCUCCACCAUUCAUAUAAAUAAAUACACACAUGAAGGAGUGCUGUGUUUACAUGUCAUGCAUUAUUAUGUUUCUAUUUUUACCCUCAGAGAUGCACUUAAUCCAAGGGCGAACCAUGCUUUGCGUGACAGAAGUGCAACAUAAGAAAUAUUACGGAGGAGCCGCAGAAGCAGGACUAAUUACAGAGCUGUUCCCACACUAAGCCUUCAAACAUGAUUAGUUUUAUUAAAACACGCCUGUCAUGAGUAAAUAUGUGACUGUGCAGCUCAGCAGGAGACACAUGAGUGAAGCUGUGGGCUCUAAUUCUGGCUGCAGCCGAGGAACUCGCAGCAGAGACGAGGCGGCGGAGCGUUUCCUCGUUGGUUUCUUAGGAUGAGGUGAUUAGCGUGAGCUUCUUUCUGCAGACCUCCUGACUCCUCUAACCCGCGCUCUCCCCGCUCGGCUCUGCACAGGCUGGGGAAAGCGCUGGGAGCAGGAGAGACAAUGCGAUGAGGAAGUUAUGUAACACACACACACAUACAUACACACACACACACACACACACAGUGGCAGUCCUCAGCUGCAACCUCCAGUGCUGUUGAGAAAAAGUGAGGGAGCAGAGAGAGAGCAAAGAUGAGGCUGAGCUCGUCCUGGCUUACUCUGUGAAUGACAGGCGGAGGCAACGCUGCCGCGCUACAUUUACAGAGGAUUUUUCAGCCAAUCUGAAGGAGUCAAAAAGACACCUUCAGGGUUUUUAUUUUCUUUGAAACGACGAGGUACACAGAGUUUCUGGAGCUUGAAAAAACACCUGGUCUAAUCCCCAAACCUGCCGUGUUCAGGUCUGGUAAAUCUGUUUGACUCAGCUGGUCGGAGACGGGAUUGAAAUGACUGUCUCUGGUGUCACGUGCUCUCUGAAGCUUGAAAAUUGACUGCAAGCAAAUAAUGAAAAAUACACACUUUAAUUUCAUUGAUACACCAGCUUCCUAAUCCUCCUCAGACAGGAGGAAUGUGAAUCAACCACAGUGAGGGUGCAGCCAUUCAUGUUGUCUGUAGUUUGUUUUUUGUGAUGUCUUUAAUUCCUGUUCACAACUUUUAGGUUGUGUUGAGUUUGUAUCAGCAUUUUAGUAGCUCUGAUCUGUACGUAGCUACCUUGCGUGUUUUUGAAGCCCUCAGGUGCCUCAUGCAGAUUUGUGCAUGUGCAGAUUGUUAUCGAUACUCAUGGAUUUGCAUAUAAUUAUUUUUUCUUCACUAUUUGCACCUCAGGGAUUUAUAUAUAUAUAUAUAUAUAUAUAUAUAUAUAUAUAUAUUUAUAUAUAUAUGUUUUUCUUUCAUGCAAAAGUCCUACCAGACCGAAGGAGCUGGUCCAUAAUGAAUCCCACACAGUGACUCAGAGAGUUAUAGAGCACAGUAACAUUUUCUGAAGACAAGAAUGUUUUAUUCUUAAAAUUUUGUCUUUUUCUGAUCUGAAAGUUUUUUCUCGCUCAGGUCCACAGGAAGCACAUAUCCACACCUCCUUACAUGGUGUUUUUUUUUUUUUGGCUCGUCAUGGGUGGUGAUUUCUGCUGAUUGGUGACUAGGGGAGUGCGCUUUCAUAAAUUUACAUGCUACGAUCAAAUCCAGAUGUUCUGCUGUGUUCAUGAAUCCAGAGUUGCUAGUACUGAGGACAUUUCUGUGGAAAUCUACACCUAAAUUAACCUUUCCUUAAUAUUACCUGAGGGUUUUAUCUCCUCAAAGCUGUCGGUCAUAUAAAAUGAGUGGAUUUCAUUUGUGAUUUUUGAGCUGUGUUCGCAAAAAGUUUGGGAACUUUGCAGCUGCUCAAAAAAGUAAUUUGAAAAAAUCCUAAACAUGAGCUGCUUCUGAAUGAAGUGUCUUUUGGACAUUACGGGAUGCUUGUUGCAGUUACACAUUGUGCACGUCAUUGAUAAUUAGGGAUGGGAGAAAAAGUUGAUACCGCAUAGCAUUGCAAUAUUUUGUCUGGUGAUAUAUCGUUUCAUCUCAUGUAAGUGUCGAUUUUUUUCAAAUUUAUUGCUAAUAUGAAGUCAAAUCUAUGAUAAUGGGAAAUAAAAUCAACUUUUUGUCAGAGUAAGGUUGGCAAAGGUGAUAUCUUGGAGCAGGAGAAAGUUAGUACAAAGAAUAUAUAAGGUUUGCAAGAUGUGCGACAUGAAAAUAAAAUACAGCAUAAAUAAGACAAACAUGAAGGAAAACCAAAUGCUAAAUUAGCUAAACAGUUGAAGAAAUUGUAUAAAUUGCAAUAUAUUGUGUCGCAAUACUCGUUGUAUUGCAAAAAGUUAAAAAUCGCAAUAGUAUCAUAUCGUGGCCCAACUAUCAUUAUGAUAUCGUAUCGUGGGGCCACCCCUAUUGGUAAUAUUCCUCAUUUAACAGUUGUGUUUGCUGGCUUUUGCAUUAUUUAGAGUAUUUUGUGCAAGUUAUUAAAGAUAAAAAGACCCAACAUAACGCAGUUGUCCGUCCAGAUUUGGCCUUUUGCUGAACCUCUGAUUGUUCUUGCCCUAAACACGCCUCUCCUACAUCCUCAGGUGUUUUUUCUCCCCCUGUCACAUGAUACAGAGGUCAUCACUCUUUCCCAGAUGCUCGAGGUGAACCUUCCCAAAUGUUUCCCGCUUCUUUCUGACAUCCAUUCUCAUUCAUACAUGGUCCAUAAUGUCCCGAAACAACUUAUCAAAAAAAUGAUUGAAUGUAGAUCUAGGUCUUCAAAUGUUUCGGGGCAAACAGGGUCUUUUGAAGCAAAUCGUUUCAUAUUUUUAAGCUUAAUCUGAUUCACAACAAAGAAAAGAUUAAACACAGGAAAAUAAGAUUACGUUUUGACCUAAAAAAACUGCAGUAAGCUGAUAAAUUUCUCUGUCAUGUUGAAGUGUUUCUCUAGAGUCACUUUUACCAACAGCUGAGUCAUUGUGUAAACAAACCCUGAUCAGCCAUCAUCAAACGAAAUGAUCAGCUUUUAUUGAUAAUAUCGAGGGUUUGAUUGGAUUUGAAGAUGUUUUUAAACUCUGGACUCGUUGGGUGAAGCGGAGGAUUGGAUUUGCAGCUGAAACGUGUCUGAAAAGUACUUAGCGUAUAUUUCAGAGCGCUCCCUCAGAUCUCUGUGCUCCCCCCACAUUUACUCUCAGUAAUCUCUGCUGAUGGGAGCUGAUGGAUUUAAGCCUUCCCGUUGCAUAAGAAGCGAUCUGUGUGUAUGUGUGUGUGCGUGUGCAUGUGUGUGUAUGUGUGUGGAGGUACAUCGUGGGCUGAGGAGCACAGGUAGUCAUCAGCUCCAGUUCAUGAGCAAAGUUUGAAUUUACCUGCUGCUGAAAAUCGGCUUUAUCCCCCAGUGACUCACCCUCACAUGCAGCCACAUGUGUUCGGUUUUAAAGUCGAGUCAGGCCGUUUUCUCCAGCAGACAUUAAAAUCGUCUGGUUUUUUAAACAUAUAAAUUCUUCACUAGUUAAAUAUUGUCUGGGAUUUUGAGUUGAGGAUAAAGCGAAAAGACUGUGAGGCGUUCGUUGAGCUGCGAAAGCUGAAAGGAAAUUCGUGUUGCAGCUGAGUGAAUGUUUAAUUUUAGUUUAAUCCCUGCAGGCUCUUUAAGUGUCAGUUUGUGUCUUUAAACUAAAAGCAGUUGAACUGAAGCCAUGCCCACACUGACAGCAGUCCUCCAUACAUGCAACUUCCUUCUUGUAGUUAGAUUUAAGCAUCCGGUAAACCUUCACAUGCAAAAAAACAGAGUCUUUAAAGUGAACUUGCUUGAUUACCUGAGGAAAUACACACCGAAAUAAUGUUUUCUAAAUUAGACUUGUAAAUAACAAACUUCUGAUGAAAAAGGAGGAAAGAUGGAUACAUGGUUGAUGGAUGAAUCAAUGGAUUGUUGAUAGAUGAAUGAAUGUAAGAAGAUGAAUGAACAGAUGGAUGGAUAAAUCAUAGAGAAAGGGAAAAUUAGGUGGAUCGAUAAUGGGUGGGCGGAUGGAUGGAUGGAUGGAUGGGCCAAAGGAAGACUGACGGAUGGAUAAAGCGAUGUAAAAUAAAUGGAUGGAUGGAUGGAUGGGUUAAACAAUAGCUUGAUGGAUGGAUGGGUGGACGAGGAAUGGAUGGAUAAAUGCAUGGAUGGAUGGAUGAAGUGAUGGAUGGAUGGAUGGAUCAAACAAUAGCUGGAUGGAUGGAUGAGUGAUGGAUGGAUGGAUGGAUCAAACAAUAGCUGGAUGGAUGGAUGGACGGGCCCACGGAAGACUGAUGGAUGGAUCAAGUGAUGUAAAGUGGAUGGAUAGAUGGCUGGUUGGAUGAUGAAUGGAUAAAUAGAUGGAUGGAUGGAUGGAUGGAUUAAACAAUAGCAAUGGAUGGAUGGAUGGAUGGAUGGAUGGAUGGAUGGGCCCAAGGAAGACUGAUGGACGAAUCAAGUGAUGUAAAGUGGAUGGAUGGAUGGAUGGGUGGAUGAUGAAUAGAUGGAUAAAGUGAUGGAUGGAUGGAUGGAUGGAUUAAACAACAGCUGGGUGGAUGGAUGGAUGGGCCCAAGGAAGACUGAUGGAUGGAUGAAGUGAUGUAAAAUGGUUGAUGGAUGAAUAGAUGGAUUGAUAGAUCAUAGAGAAAGGGAAAAUCGGGUGUAUGGAUAAUGGUUGGCUGGAUGGAUGAGUGAAACAAUAGAUGGAUGAAUGGAUAAGAAAGAGCUUAAUAGAUGGUUUAAUGGAUGAAUUGAUGUUAGAUAGUUGGUAUGGAUGAAUGAAUAGAUAAAUGAUGAAUAGAUCAUGGAUGGCUGGUUGAGUUGAUAAUGGCUGGCUAGAUGGGAGAUGGGUGGAUGUGUAAUGAAUAGAUGCACUCAUACAGAAAUGUAAUAUAUAACAAAGAUGCAUACAUCAGGGGUGGUGUUGUCGUAUAUGUUGAAACAAGUACUUUAUUUGUCCUUAAAGGGAAAUUCAUUUAUCCCAAGACUACUCUCAUCUACUAUUUAUGGAAGCAUUUUAAAGUUUGAUGGCUGUCGGUACAAAAGAUCUUUCUGUCCUUCAGCGAAGUGAGAUGAACCAUCCACCAUCUUUGUUUUUUUUUGGUCCAUGAAUGUUUUAUUGAAGUGGAUGAUCCAUGUUCUUUAGAAUAGCCUCCACUUUUCUCAGUGUGUAACACAUCCUCCAGCUUUUUUCACCAGUCUGCUGAGAUAUCUUGCAUCUUUGUGUUUGAUACUUCCUCCCCAUAGACCAGAACGCUGUAGACACCACAGACUGAUAAAACAUCUGCAGGAUCUUACUACGGAUGUCUAUUAAUCACACUCUUCUCAGGCAAUAGAGGCGGCUCUGCCCCUUUUUGAAGUCUAUAUUCUUAGAGCGGUUCAACUUAUUAUCGAGGUGUACACCUAGAUAUUUAUACGAUGACAGCACCUCGAUGUCCACGCCACAGGUAUUCACUGAUUGAAGAAGAAGGAGUUGGAUCUGUGGACGUCUAUGAUCAUUUUCUUUGUCUUUGAGGUGUUGAGUAGGAGGCAGUUUUCUUGUAUUGUUUUGCAUUUCUUUAUGAGGAUUGGCGGAUGGUAGAUAACUCUUUGGAUAAAUGGAGUAGAUUGAUGUUAGCUUUGGGAUUUGAUCGUUCUGAGACCUGGAUUGUAAUUGUCUUUGAUAGUUUUUCAAAAUCUAGUACUUGUCUCCAUUUUUAGACCAGACUUUGAUACUGCAUCAGACCUACUUUGUAAGUAACUUAUAAAGGAAGCGUGCCAGAAAAUAUGGUGAACGGUAGCUUCAAAUUCUGUCGAGUGAAAAGUAUUGAAGAAUAUGUCUUUUUUGGGUUUCAUUUUGAUUUUUUCAUCAUCAUCUUAAACUCCCCUAGAGCAGACGCUACAACCAGAUCAGUGUUUAAUUUCCAUCAUAAUAUUUUGCAGAUGCAAAUGUUUAAUUCAAGACCACAAAUUGGAAUAACUCAAGAGUGCAUAAUUAUUUAUCAGGAUGCUGGGAUUACUUCAGGAACACUACAUAUUUAUUUCAUCUCUGCUGUCUAUUUUGUUUGCCUUUGUUUACUCUGUACUUACAAUCUCAGGUACAGAUUUACAAAAAGAUUCUGUGAUUUAAGGAUGAGUACAAAACAAAAAAUUGAGGCCAGGAUUUUAAGACCUCUGAGCUUUUCUUAGUCCAAGUACAGCUCCUGAACCGUCACUACGUUCCCCUUGAAUAUGUUGUAAACACUACAAUAGUGCCUGAACACACUACAAAUACUCACCUACAAUUAUGUAGAGGAUAACAGCUGAGAACAGCACGGUGGAGUUCAUUAUAUCCUCCUGUAUGUUAUUUUAAACCUGGGCUGCAGCGGGUCGUUAAUGGAGCCGUGUGCGCCGAACGAGCGAGUGGGUAAAUAGAAAACGAGGGCCUCGUCGGCGUGUGAUAAUGAAGGGUUUUCAGCCGAGCUGCUCAGCUGCCUCGAGGUCUGUGACACAGGAAUGUAAGACUCCAAUGAGCUUAUGUAACCUAAUUGUUUAGCCUCCGAGAAGAGCAGUUAUCUUUAAAGCGGGGAGCGUUGUGGGGGCCUGAAUUAAUCAAAUAUAUAGAAACGGUGCUGAGAGCGCUCAUUAAUCGCCCUCGCUGCUUCUGCCUCUUCACUGACAUCGGCGGCGUACACUCUGCUGCUGUUUUCUCUUCAUGAAUCAGAGGGGAGGUUUGAUUGCUAACAUCACCUGCACCUUAAUAACACACUGAUCUGAUUCUGACAAACAUUCGCCGUACGAGAUGAAGAAACAGAGGAUGUGAGAAAUGUAAAACACUGAUCGUGAAUAAAACUCAGACAUGAUUUGAGAGGGAGACGAGAAAAAGCGCUUGGAUUUGAAGGUGCAGAAAGGAGAGGAAAUCGAAUCUCGUGUGUAAUUUGAGGGAGGGAAUCCAGUCCAAGUCCAUGAUAUGAUAUUUAUCACAAAAUGAAAAAGACAGGAAGAGAUAAAAAUGAUGUUCCUACAGCUUCAAUUGCUGGUGAAGACAGUUAAUGACAAACUUUAGACCUCUUCACACCUUCAACAGUCUUUACAAGCAGCUGACCUCCAAAGCUAAAGGACAUCACUGAUUACAGAAACCUAUGAUGAUGAUAAUUGGUUAAGUUUUUGUUAAUGAGGCUGUAGCGACUGCUUUUCUUCAACGAAAAGGCUGCUGGGGUUUAGGUGCACUUGCAUCUGCGACUCAUUGAUUUAUCCGUCCGGUUGAGUGUUAAAGGCGAUUUAUUGUUCCAAAAAGAAAGAAAACACACUGAUUGUAAGGAUGCCUAGCCCAGGUUCAUACCAGAAAGAAUGGAAGGUCCACACGAAUGGUCAGUUUGACAAGCUUUACUGGUUGCAGAUCUGGGUUACAGCUUCAGCAUGCUACAAGUGUAACAAAGAGUGGUCCAAGGCCAUUCAAGUAUAUAUAGAGGUUCACAAUUCUAAACAUACUGUUGGUAUUUAGCUGACCCUAAGAGAAAUCCAUGUACGGUCAAAACAAAGGACAACAUGUUUCAAAAGCCUUAGAUGAACAUACGGAAGGUCCCAAGAAGGAGAUAUCAUGGCAAACAUAUUUUGGGGACCUACAUGGUGUAAAUAAUGUGUACAGGGUUCCUUGCUCAGGGAUGGUUGGAGGAGGCCCCCCGGCUCCAGCAAUCUAACACCAAAGUGUCUGGGGUAGUUGAGUGACACAGCUCCAACACUCUAGAGGCUAGUAUGACUAGCUGAAGAAACUCAUCCUAACACUGAUCCAGGUCCAGAACUUUUGCGUUCAAAUGAAAAAGUGAUAUGAUGAAAAUGAGGGUAGAGGGAUGAGUGAAACGGUCAACAGAAAAUUAUCAGAGCUUACCAAAACCCAUCGUCUCCAACUACACCGCUGUUUUUAGAUAAUCCGCCAAACAUCCCAAAACAAAACCCCUCACUGUCGAUCCCCGGAAGUGACGUACCUAGUAGAAAUCAUUCUCUCAACAAAUAUACUGUGGCUCUUACAGAGGCAUUAUUGUAUUGGGGGACUGUUGGACGCUCCACUGACACCUACCCCCUCACACCAGGUUCAGGCCUUAAAAAUUAGGAUAUAGAUUUGGUCAAACUUGAUGCUGAUGGUCUUGUUUGCUUUUGGAUAUUAUAAAACUGUACAAUACAUGACAAAUUAAAGUAGUUUUCUCUUACUUCUAACUGUGCAAUGUCCACAAAUGCAACAAAAUAACUGAAAUUAGGCGUUCAUGAACAAAAAAUUCCUAAAAAAACAAAACAAAAAAAAAAAACCCCUGUAAAUUUAGUUUCUUUUCCACCCAUUUUCCAGGGCAUGUGAUUUUUCCCUGGUGAAGACUCAGGGUUCUUGGCACAAUAACAGCUGCAGGAGAGAGAACCAAAAUAUGGCAGAUGUUGAGUGAGUAAAAGUGACCAGCUGACUAAAAUAUUUCUUACCACCAUAUGAAAAUCACAACUUUGUGAUAGUUAUUCAUAACCACUGCACUAAAUAAAGAUAGCAUGCAAAAUCAAGGACCACUCUUACUGACCUUAUUCGCCUACAUGCAGCGAUCAAAUCCACCCAAACCUACUUUACCCUCUAUCACUAUUGACGGGUGAAAAUCACUCAAACACCUGCCUGUAGGAAAAAGCAGGUUUUGGAUCAGGGAAACAAAUAUGCCUUCAAAGAUCUCAAAGGUAAUAAUGAAGCUACUCAGAGACCCAUGAUACUCAGACAAACGCAACAUGAUGAAAAUCAUGUAAACAUGUUUGGUCGGGUGAAAAUCACCCAGCGAUAGUGUUCUAGGGUUAAUGUUUUGGUUUCAUUGUUGAGUGGAAAGCUAAAGUCAUCAUACUCAUGGCUGUCCUGUUCAAGAGACAGGAUGACAGAUUUUGAAGUUCAGGGAAUUUUGUUUGAAAACAGACAACAGUGGGCGGCCCGUGUUAAAAUCCAGCCUGCAGCCCUUUACAAAAUGUCGCUCUGAACCUUCUCUCCAAGUUUCCCUCUUUGUCCAUCAGCUUGUGAAGGUAUAAAAUCACUAGAUCCAGUAUUUUCUUUAUGUUUCGCAGCGUGCAAACAUAACCUAAAUCCUCUGUGAUCUCAACACACAGAUUAAACACAUUUUGAAGUCACGGAUGAAAAGCAGUUUUUUGGUACAGAUUAUAUCUCAGUAUCAGAUCAGUUUGGGUCACUCCUCUCUCAGUUGUUUCUGUAAGCAGAGAGAGAGAGAAAAAAAAUCAAAUAAGCAGAAAACAAGCAAACAAAGAGGCAUCGUGAUCGUUAUCUAACCAGACCGACUGAAUGCAGCGUUUCCACAUGAGCGACUGCUGCCAUCACUUCUGCAUCAUCUGACCCGAGAGCAGCACCGCAGAGGGCCGCCACGGGCUGAACAGCACCUCCACUCACGAUGAAGACGAUGAUGAAGAUGAUGGUGGGGACACCUCAGGGAGCUUACAGGCCAUCAGACGUCAGAGCUCCAGGAGCAGAGCAGCAUUAAGACGAGGCCUGUUUGUCCAGAGGCUGUUUGAUUAUAUGAAGAGGAGGCUGCUGGGAUGCUUUCAUGCCGUUACAUAAGAUCUCAACACCUACACACAAUUCAUUUAUCACAGAUAGGUUUCUGACUGCUUAAUUCCUCUAACCACCCGCUGUUACCUCAACAUGUUUGAUUUUCUCCAAACAUCCUGAAAAAAUGUUCAAACUUGAUCACAUCUGGAAAAGAGUUGACAUGACAUAUUUAUUAUUGAUGAUGUGUGAUGCUCCCAGCUUUCAACUUUAAUGUUUUGGUCCAGUCUUACUGCUGUAAAACCUCCAAAUUUAUAUAAGAAGUAGACAAACCCACCAUGGUUUUCAAAUUGGAUUAUUUAGCUAUUAUUUUGAAACCUUUAAUUUUGCAUUUCGCCCACGGCUGUCUUGUUUUUUUUAAUAAGAAAUGUGGGACUAUAAUUGGAAACAUUGUUAAAAACACUGCUGAGAUUAAUUCAUUCAUAAUCACAUCAGGAAACAACACCACAUCUUGAAAAACAAGGAAGGUCUGUUUAUGCAAAUAAACAAAUAUGGUGGUUCCAGUUUUUUGAAUGUGAGCGUCAGCAGGUCGUCUGACACAUCAAGCCCGAUGCGAUUUUGCGACCUUCCGGGGGGAAAAAAAGACGCAUCCCGUGUGGAAGUGAGAAGACUGACACAACAGCAGACUGACUGUUUUUCAGUUCUGAUUCGACACUAGUGUUGAGAUGUCUGUCUGUCAUGAUAGCAUGUACUGAGUCUGGGCCAGAACCAGAUAAGCACAUUAAACUAUAAUCCAUAAACGUAAGGUAACAACAGAGACCUAAUGGUGAUGUGACAGCAACGCUGUGAUUGAGUUUGAGACAGUGAAAUACAUAUGGUAUGUUGUAUCUGAACAGGUUAGCUUACGAGCUAAAGUUACUUAGCACAGAUGAAAGUUAAAACAAAGACGUUUAUCAAACUGUUAAAGCACACAAACCAUCGUCAUAUGAGAAAUCCAACGCUAUGACUCUCCACAAGUUGUCCUUCAGGUUGUAAUGUUUGUGUUUUUUAUCAAAAAUCACUCUGUUCUCCGACAUGUAAACAAUGAGCCGGUCAUCCAUGUUUGAUAUACCGCUGAAUUGGAACGCAACAACAUGCAAUCUGAUUGGUCAGAAGUGGACACACAGUAUGCGAAACUUUAGAAAAAUCGACUGUGAUCUGAAAAAUUAAAUUCCACAAUAUCGCAGGACGGGAAAACGUUGCUGAUGUGAACACUUGUAUUGACAGGAUAUGGGUUCGAAAAAAAUAUUGACGUCCGAAAUAAUCGCACGAAAGGACCCUAAGUCUCAAAGAUGUUAAACUUUAUUUUUAGAGAAUUAUGAAGCUCAAUGUUGGCAGUUUUAAGACAAGGAUUUGAACAUUUGUUUCUCUUGAUCCAUUUUUUUUCCUUUUGCUCCUAAUUGACCAAAAAUGCCACUUGCUCCAGUUUCUGGCGUUAAAUAUUGAACUCAUUCAGAUUUAUAUUUGUUAGCAAAACCUAAACAACCCUCCUAAAUACCGUGGCGAGUUUGUGUCAUCGGCGUUUACCUUCCCAUGAAUACAAAAACUGCUCAUUUGUUGCCGGGCCUUAGUCUCUCCCUGACUGAACCAGAUACCUCCAUAUUAACAUGAAAACCACUAUGUUCUGGCUGUCUGCUGUUGAGCUCUCUGUGUGCUCGCUCUGCAGAAACACGUCUGCCUGCGAGGCUGAACAUGGAGCUGCAGACCGUCUAUCCGGCAGAUCAGAGGUCAGCUUGGACUGUUAAAUAAUAAUAUGUGGGAAUGGAGAAAAAAAGACAGUGGGCAGAGAAACAGAAAGAGAGAGAGAGAGAGAGAGAGAGAGGCUGGAGAGGAAGAUGUGAGCGCAAACGACUCAAAAACAAAACUGCAGCAUUUUAAGAGUCUACUUUGUUUCUGUGGUUUUCUGCUACUACGAACGAUCUUCAUAUAUGGAUCCUUUCCUUCAUGUUCAUGUAGUAGGUGAGAAUCAGCUGACUCCUCUCUUUUUGGCACUUUUGUUGGUGAUACUCUAGUGUUGCUCUCUUAAAACAGACUCCAGCCCAACAUACUGUGACUUAUUUUAUGUCUAACAGCCCACAGCGUCGCUACAAGCCGAGCAGACUCUCAUUAACACUUUGAAGAACACUGUUACCUACACAAAUAUGUUCAACUACAAAUAAAUAGAGAAAUAAAGCAGAAAUUAAUAUUUGUGGGUUGCAUCAGUGUUUUUAUGAACUAAAAUGUGGAUUCAAAACCAUCUCUGAGGUCUUCAUUUCCAGAAUAUUUAGUUUCCCGGGAUUUAUACCAGCAGCAAAAGCAUACGAGUAAGAUUUGUUUUUGUGUUCAAACAACUAGAACAAUCAUUGGAUUCAUCCACCUGUAAAAUUGUCCAAAACAAACACAGUUUUCUUCCUGUAAGGCUGAUAAAACCUUGAGUUAGCCACUGAGUCUUCUUGAAAAUGAAAACUCAAAUUUCUGAAGGGUCUUCAUAGAUGCUACCAAAAACUAAUUACCUAUAAACUUUUGUGAGGUCUAGAGUUUGGCAGUUUCCUGAGGCCACUGGUGACCACGUUUGGAGCAACCGGCAACCUCCAGAGCUGAAUUAUGGAGCCGAUGUGUCGUGACUUCCUCAAGUGUCCACAUUGGGCUGCUGUAAAGCCCCGUUAACACCCACUUUUAUAUGAGAGCCUGCCUCACCUCCAACUCUUUGCCUUUUUCUUGGAAGUUUGGUAGAGUCAGAAGUCCAUUGGUGGACUUCCUUAACCAAAGAGUUACAUCACUGAGACUAAUAAGACUAAAAUCCACCAUAUGUAAAGCUUCUGUGUUGUCCGAAUUGUUGAAUCAGCUUCACAAAUGAUCACAAAUUCAGACCUGCAGUUCGUAACCUCAUUGUUCAUUCAGUGAUCUGGGGGAUGCUGGGUUGGUUGGUUGGCUAAUGUUGUCCGAGGGUGGAAGGUGUGGACCAAUGUAGGUGCAGAAGUAGAAAAAAACAAAAGUUAACAUGGCGAGUUCUCCCGGAGAACAUUCAGGAGUGUUUUUACCUGCUGAUGUUCAAUCAUGAACUGUUUGUAACGAUCCUUUCAGACUAGUUUACAGAAACCCAGAUUUGGUCCGACCUUAUUUAAAGCACUUGGAAGUGAAGUAGAUAAUACAAACAGACAAGUCAUCAUCAACUAUGGUUGGCGUGUUGUUGUUAGAAAUAAGAUUAAACCUCUGUUUUCUUUGGUCCUCUGGUAGUGGGAAGACGUACUGACAAUUGUGUCGGUUUUGGCAUCCUACAACAGAGCGAUUGUCUACUCUUUGCAUGCAUGUCCAUUCAAAUUGCUCCUGUCAUGACAUCACCACAGGAGCUGGUUCAAAUAUCAUCGUAUAAACUGUGUUUCGUCUGCAGAAAUAAUGUAGAGGCUUUUUUUUUUCUCUAAGCUUAAAGAUGACCAAACUUUUAAUGCAUAGGUAGAAAAAUUAUGUUUUUUAUUAUAAGCUUUUGGUGCAUUUUACUGCUGGUGUACCUGAAGUAACCCAGCAGUAUUUCCCUCUGAGAUGUACUUUAAUAGACGUAUAAAGCAGUUUUUGGUUAAAAACUUCAGACAUUGUAAAUGCAUCAAUAAACUCUCAGGUCCCCUUCCUCUCUGUCGUCAGGUCAGAGCAGGUUUAUCCUCUCAGACGUGUUCUCUGUACUGCAAAGAUGACAGACACAUGAAGCCCGCCCCGAGGCCGGUGCGACGCCCCCCGGGAGUCAUCGCCGUCCCCCCUCAUUUGUGUGGUGUUCAACGGGGCUGCGUAAUGAAUUCACUUUGAACCAAAAGGUCAAACUGAGGCGGAUCUUUUCCAGCUCACCGUCUGUCCUGAUGAACGUCAAACGUCUCAGAUCUGACUCGAAAGGCCGUGUCUCUCCUGUCUGCAGCAGGAAACAUCUCAUCUGUAAACCUUGGCAAAUAUGAGAGUCCAUGAAUUAUUCCAUAUGUCUAAUUUCUGAUUACUUUAUGAAUGUUGCAUUCUUGGCCCUGCAGCUGAGGCCAUUGCAUAUUUCUCCGUCAUUGGUGUCUGGCAGCUAUUUCGCUUCGGCAUUGAAAGUUGGAAUCAGAAUGUGAAAAUUUGAACAGUUCUGGGAGAAUCUGAAUGUUUUGGCAGGUUUGAGUUGCUUCACGUUGUCUGAAUAUUACAAGGACAAGGCAAUCGCUAAAAUAACUUUUGUAGAUGUAGCCAUCUUGUUUCCGCCUCAGAUUUUGCUUUUUUCCGACUUGGUAACUGAAACACUGGUAACUCGGGUGUGACGUCAUUUUCAGCUCCGACAUCUGACUUCCGAGGUAACUCGAACGCAGCAUUGGUCCUAUUUCCCAUCAAUGCUCGGCACUCGAAUGCCCAACCUUAGUGACGAGACAAAUAACCAGUUGUUGUCUAGAACCUGGGGACGGUGCGCAGGUGGGUCAGUUGGAUUCAGCGCCACUCCUCUGAGUUUGACAACAAAGUUCGAUGCAGCAAAUCAUGGUGAAUUAUGAUUAAUUUGAUCUCUUUGUAACCUGCCUUACUGGCAUUUGUUUCCUCCCUUGAGGAACCGUUAAGGGUUUGGUUUCAUUUCUUUGCAUGUGUUUGACUUUAGUUAAAGAGCAGCCUGAAAAUGAAACUCCUGAACACACAUAGUGGGAUUAAACUUAUUUUAUAACCGCACUGCAAAUAGUGCUGGUUCAGAAAAAGAGAUUGAACAGAGAUGAGCAUUUUAAAUAAUGCCCAUUUUUUUUGUUUUACUGCUUUGUUUUCAUUAGCAGUGCUCGAUCUCUUCAUGUUAUCUCUAUUAGGGAUGUCCCGAUCCGAUAUAGAUAUCGGUUAUCGAUCCGAUAUCAGCAGAAAAAGGACAAAAAAAUUAUAUAUACUGGAUUAUAUCAGCCUGUAUCUAAAAUUUCCAAUAUCCGCACUCUGUUGCAAGCAGUCCAUUCCAGACUCCGCUCCAGCAUCCGGAUCCAGCAAGCAGAGCUCACGUAAACCCAACAACAGUGUGUACUAAGGUACCAACAAAGUAAAGAGGAGUAGAAGUGAUGUUGGCUGUGUGGCAGUGUUUCUCGUCAAAGUCGGAAAAAAAGGUUGCUGCUGAGUGCAAAAUUUGUCAUGCACAAGUUUAUUCCAAUAUCGGGAUUGGCCGAUACUGAAGGCUAAAAUAUCAGUAUCGUACCAGAAGUAAAAAAAAAAAAAAAAGUUGUAUCGAGACACCCCUAAUCUCUACGUUAACUGACCUCUGGGGAGCUCUAUUUUUCCAGCAGUGACUUUGGGUGAAAAUGUGAAUGUAUUUUAGCAUUGUUCAUGACUUUUUGUGACUUUUGAUACUAUCUAAUGUAAAGAUACUGCAGAUCUGACUGUUUUAAAGCUAAAGGAAUUAAAGGAAGGAAAUUAUAAUCUAAAUAUACUCGAUGGAUGACAUUCUGUUGUAUGAUUAAUUCUGCAUAAUUGCCCUUUAUGUGAUGCAACGUGAUGAUGUGCAGACCCGCUGUUUCUGAACCCUGUGUUUGCCUGUGAGAUUGGACAGCCCCUUCUCUGAAUCCGGAGCUAUUUUUAGGGUUUAAAGGAGGGAAAAUCCUGUUUCAUUAUCCACAGACGAGGUGGCACAACUGCGUCAUGUAACUCUGAGUUUUAUUUUUUAUUUUUCGGCUGAGUGGCUGCAGCGGUGGCGGUGGCGGCGGCACGUUCGCCUGCAUGUGCCACAUCAGACAUGCAUGAGCUCACAGAUUUGAUUGCUCAGUAAUAAUAUUCAGCAUGUCUAACUGCGGUUAUAAAUAGACCAUAUGUGAGUGUUAGUGAGUGUGUGUGUUUGUAGUAAUCAGAGCGGAGCUGCUGUUGGUGUCACUGCAGACAUCGGGUGCAGGGGUCACGUGCUCUCAGGCCGUCAAAUCAGGGCUUGGCUCGCUUGAUUGACUUCUAUCAGUCGGCCACCGUUAAUGACACAGCUUCCAAUAAAGCCUGCGGCGUGCUCACAGAUGUGUGUCAGCUCUGAUGCAGACAUGACGGAGUGCGGGAAGCUUGAGGGAUGAAGAGUUACUUAAAAUGUUUCAUUAGGUUCUGAAUUUUAACUGAAUCUCACUUAGAUAUUUACAUUUUAUGCAACUUUAAAUCUUUAUCCUGUAGACUUAACCAAUGAAUAGACACAAAGCAAACUAAGAAAUGUGAUAUUCUUGGUAUUUUUACUUUUAUAAGAGCCUUGGUUAGCCCCCCAAAAUAUAUAUUUUUGUAAGUUUUAAGUGUGCUAAGCUGAAAACACUUAAACUUAAGCUUAAAGCAAUAGUUGAAGUAUGAAUAUAAAAUGAUUUAACUUAAAAAUCAGAGCUUUUUCACCACUUACAUGCAGAUCAACCUUAUCAUUUAGACUGUCUGAGCCUUUAUCUUCAUCUUUGUCGUUAGCUCAUUAGCACUCAUGCGUGCUGGUGAAUCUGCCUCCUCCUGCUCCUCUCCCUGCUCUCCUCUCUCCGCUUGAUUGUUUUUAUCACUACAGCACAACGUGUAACCCGGGAUUGCCACCGGAACAGCCCUGAUCCGGACUGGUGGCGACUUUCGCUGAACGCUGAUUCCUAUCAGAUCUGUUUCUGAGGCAACAUUUUGUGGUGUAUUACAGACAGUGGGAAUCGCGAGGAACUCACGAGAACCCGUGGAUUCACAUGCAAUCGUGCGGUAGCGAGUUGUCUCUUAGCCACAUAGGCUAACCAUAUAAGCAGUAGAUUGUGUCCUUCCAGAGGAGGAAAUCGGGAUGAAAUGCCGUCUAGAAACCUUUCACUUGUUUGUCCCCGCUUGCUUGCAUGGUGUGAAACAUGAUCCGCCUGAAACACGUCUUUUAUUUUGAAAAGAAGCCGGAUGUUUUAUUUUGUGUCUGUGCCCGACUUCCUUUUCAGAACGGGUUAAUCUGUGCUGAAUUUAUCCGGCAUGCUUCAGCGUCGAGAAAAAUAGAACUUUUGCGAUCAGCUGCAGAGUCCAGCGAUUGCAACGGAAUGGAAAGAAGCCGGUGGAAAUUGGCACAUUAACUUGAAUGGUUACGAUCAGUUACGAUCGGCAGAUACGACCUUUUCGUAGCCGUUCUGGAUGUGGUGGAAAUUGGGGGUUAGAGAUAUGGCAGUCUGCGUUUAUUACAAGAGGCAUGUGCAACUUCCUCGGGUUCCCAGAAUUUCGUUACACAUCGAUCUGAACUCAUGAUGAUGAAUUUGAAGUGAAAGCUUUUUUGGGGGGAGCCAUAACUGCUAUUUUGAAAUCUGAGUUAUCGCCCAGCUAGAUCUGUGAUUCCAUCCCAACAAUAAGUGAUCCAAAUAUUUUGUUUUUGCUCUGAAAAAUGUGUAACAGUAAGGCCCAGGUAGGCUUUAUGAGUAUGAAUCCUUUAUGCUUUAAUCAAACAGUCCCACCCCCUGCGGUGCAUCCGCUUGCAUGUUGUAAAAUGUUACCUAAUCUUGUUCCUGAGAGGCACGACACUGCGAUUUGGUCAUUUCUGUGAUGUAACUGCUGCUGCAGACCCUCGCAGAAAAUGUGAGUCUGUUUCAGCAGUGCAUGUGUGUGUGUGUGUGUGUGUGUGUUAAAUAGAAUCAGCCCAUGUCUGAUUUGCGGUUCUGUUGAACGUCUCUCUAGCAGACAGUCUCACCAUCACACCUCCCUCUCGCUGAAGACGAGGGUGUGAAGUCGUGGGCUGUGUCGAUGCCGAGCGGCGCCGAAUGUUCUUCAUUCAUUCUCAGACUGUUUGAGAAACCAGAGAAGGGAAGUAGAGCAGAAAUUUAGAGGCUCGCCGAGGAACCGUCGCAGGAACAGUUAGCAUUCAUCCAGUUUUCUGAGCGUGCUUUCAUACUAGAGUGAAGUUAACGAUGAAUUAUGAACACGACUUUGGAAACUCCUUUAAAAUUCAGCACAACUGAGUGGAAAAGUGAGUUCAACACUUUGAGUGCUGUGUCUCCAGGUUGAUCUUAGACCUUUGCACUCACAUGUGAAGGAUAUUUUUCGGUUUUACUUUGCAUUCCUCCUCCUCCUCUAUGUUGAUGGCUUUGGUAUCUAAUUGUUUGGACUGCUCCCUGAGGAUGGUUUGCAUUUUCUUUGCUCUGUUAACUCUAGAUAUUUUUAGCCAUCAGUGCUUUAUGCCAACUCUCAAAAUGCUCUGUUGGUUUGGUCAUAGCUGCAGUAGCUCGUCACUUAUUGGACGGGGUGAUAGCAGGACAGAUAUUGGUGCAGAUGUUCCUGCUCUCCUGAGGAUGACUCAUGCUGAGUUUGGGGACUUUAACAAGGUAUAUAUUUUUGGUUUUAAGUGGAAUACCACUGUAGUCUUUGUAGUUUAAGGCCGUAUAGUUCAGAAACUAAUUUACCCCUCAGGACAAAAUGUGCAAUGUUCGUGGUAGCGCCGUCAUCAGGACUACAUUUUCGCAUUUUAAAGAGUUUGGUUGAUGACCCAAAAUUAAAUCCGGUUUUGUAUCAUAACUGGCAAAACCCACAGGGUCCAGAACGACUUCGCUCCAGCACGCAAUCCACAAGCAUUAUAAUCAAUGUGUGUGAUUCCACAGAAUCCGUCCGGCAUCCGGCUCUGCUGCAGAUCGGUUCCAGCGGCCGGAUCAGAUACCCAAGGCUUCUAUUUUUGCCAGACGCCGGAGCACGGCGCAUCAAUUCAGUGCAGCACACCAUGAGCAGUGGAAGUUUUACGCGGUUACAGAGAAAAAUAUCCUGUUGAUUUUCAAAAUAAAAUUAAGUCAAUACAUUAAAAUGCUUUUAACUUGAAAAUAGGAAAGGCCAGGGUAGUGGGAUGUGGGUGUUUAUAUACACCGCCGUUUAUAUACGGGGAAACACGUGAGUGCUCGUGAGAUCUCGUCCAGUCUGGCGAUAAAUAUCGGUAAUCUCACGAGCGCUUCUCCUCCGAUGGUAGCGGCAGAUUGGAUCCAGUGGGCGCUUUAUGCUUGCAGAUCUGAUCCGCAUGCAGGUCCGGAACAGAGCCGUACCGGAUCCUGUGGGUUUAGCCAGUAAUGAUCGUAUCGUACCUUACCGUACUGUACUGCAUCGUAUCGUAUUGAAUCGUAUUGUAGGACUGUAUGGUAAUUCAACUAAAUUGAUUAAUCUGCAUUUGUGGUUUGGUAAGAUUUGAAAAAUCUAGAUUUUCACCCCCCGACACACACACAACAGUAACAUUUUCAAACAAAUCUCAGUGUUUAGAGUCAUGUAUUUGUCAUUUGUAGUUUCGUUUUAAAGAGAGAAGAAAAAUUGUUAAAAGAAAAAAAAAAAAGAUGGACAUCUUAUUUUUUAGCCCAAACUGUCCAGCCCUAAUCAAGGUGUAUCAUAUUUUUUAACAUAUUGUGUAUCAUAAUACCGCUAUGGCUUUGUGUUGUAUUGUACCAUAUUUUACAACGUUUUGUUUUAUUGAAUCAUAUCAUAUAAUGUAUUGUACUAUAUUGCUUUUUACCUUGAGAUGAUGCCCUUAAUGGUUCGCAGACAUAUAGUAUUCUUGCAAAAUUAAUCUUUAACUUACUUUUUUCUCUGAGAAAUUACAGGAAAGUUGGGGGCCGCUUAGCAAAAAUGGGCCAAAACAAAAAAAAAAUAUGUGAGCUUUUUUAUAUUUCAAAUAAUAAUUGAGCUCUUUAUGUUCUGAGAUCAUUUAUUGUUUAAUUUAUUUUGCAGAAAAGAUUUAUUCCACAUCCAGUUAUGUCAGAGGCAGAACAUAAAUUUCACCCUCCCAUAAACCCUCCAGCUUCAUUUUUUAAAUAACUGAUUUUUUCAGUUUAAGGCUUUGCUAACUUUGAUGAUUACAGAUAAUAACAUGUAUCUUCAUAAAUAUGUCGUGUAACAGCUGCAGCCUCGUCGUCAGUCUCUGUUACUGUCAGAUUUUACAUAACUCUCAUCCAUGCUGGUGUCAGACAGGCCGUCCCUGGAUUAUGUAGGUUGGGUGUGAAAACAGAUUUGGGAUACGGUCAAUUUAUGUGUGUGGAUUUAAGACGUGUUUGUGUGUCUGUGUAAGUGUGUAUUUUCUAGUGUUUGUUGCUGCGGUGCUGUCUGUGCGAUAGUUGCACAAACACUUUGGUUGAAGUUAAGUCGUGCAGGCUGCUGCGUGUGCUGUCUGAUAUGACCCGUCUCGCUGGGAUUUGUAGUGUCAGUUAUUAAGUACAUAAUGCUGAGCGCGCGCCGUGAUCCGCCGGCCAUCUUCACAGCCCGAGGUCAGCGAGGGUCUCUGCAGGAACACAGACCCAACAGACACACUUUCAGACGUUUCUGUCUGUUUGUAAGACUGCAAAGAUACUCAAAUAUAAGAGGGAUUAUUCAACAACCUAAAUCAUCAAAAUAUAGUUUUUACUUUUGUUUUUUCAACACAGAGAUGCCACACUAUCAACAUACUACAUAGAUAGAGAAUCAGUCACAUCUGGUUGAGAUUUUAUAAGUUUUUUUGACUGUUUUAUUUAUUAAAAUAUCAGAGAAAAUCCCAUCUUCAGUGUCUUAAACUGAUUACACACGGGCGAAAUCUGGAGCAGGAAGCAGCGGGUGACCGUGAACCGUAAAACUUCAGCUGCUGUAAAACACUGUGUUCACUGACCUCUCAGAUCCUCCCGGAAAGUGAGCAGCCGGUCAGACUCCAGGGUAAACUACGCUCACGUUUCCAUUCAUGAGAACAAAAUGAGCUGCUCACUUUACCGUAACACCAACAUACCAUCACGUGCGAUGGAUGCUUUCGUUUUAGCGCACAGCACCGAACAUCUAGAUCUUCUCGGAUGAGCCAAAACAACCGGAAAUGUCAAACUAGCAGCAAAUCCAUCUAAACUAAACUUUAAUAGGAUAAACAACAAGGAGCUCUUGAUAUAAUGGUAAAAAAGGGGGUUUUGUUCAGAGGUGGAGGCUGGGCAAAUGUCACACAGCUGUUUAUGUGAUAAGAUAAGGAGUGGGUCUGUGUAUUAUCCGACCAUUCAAUUAUUCCAUUCAAUCUAGUAAAUGAAAAAAACAAGUCAAUAUUUUGUUUAUAUGUUUUCCUAUAUAACCAAAAAAUAAAAGAUUUGUUUUUGUAUUUUCAGUUCAAAACAGAAUAUGUAAUAGAGAUGGAAACGAAAACAAAAUAAUAAAUCUACUUUUCGUUUUCCGGUUAUUGAUGUCCCCAUUUCCCACGGUGCCUUUCUACUGUUCGCAAGUAGCCAACAACGUGGACCAAAAACUCCAGGCCAGAGCAGUCGAGAAAGGCUAACCUGCUGUCAUGGAGAUGGACUCAUGGAGGCUGCAAGGAGGGUCACGCUGAAGGAGGAAGAUCUGACUGUAGAAAAAAUUACAACCAGAGCUCUGUUACAACGUAAGAUUUUGGCGCUCGAACCGCUCUGUCGCAUCUUUCGCCGUGGUAACUGUUGCUGAGGAUCCCAGGAAGGCUAAUGUAGCCUCCAUGCACGUCAAAACAGGCGCACUCAAAAUCAGUAAUUGUAAAUUAGAUUUAUUAUUUUGUUUUCGUUUCAUUCUCUACUAUAUAUUCUGUUUUGAGCUGAAAAUACAAAAACAAACAUUUUUUUUACUUUUUGGUUAAACAGAAAAAACAAACAAAAUAUUGACUCGUUUUUUGUUUUUUGUUUACUAGAUUGAAUGGAAUAAUUAAAUGGACGGAUCAUACAUUGACCAGAGUGUCACUUAGAAGUUUUAUUUUUCCCCAGUAAAAUAAAAUACUUACAUUUCUUCUCCGUUAUUGAGAAAGACUCACUAAGAAUAUAUUUUCAUAUAUUAUAAUGAAGUGUCGUGUCAGUGAUAUUUGUCACGGCUUGGACUCUGUACAGCUUUCUGUCAACUCUUGUAAAGUUACAACAUUCAAGAAGCGCUGAUAUGAAACGCUAGCCUGGCUGGGCCAUCCAGUUGUGUGAAUCACUUGCCGUUCCUUCCCUGUUGUGGGAAGGAACGGCAAGUGAUUCACACAACUGAAUGGCCCAGCCAGGGUAAUAAAACUCCUCUACAGAUCAAUUUCAGGUAAUAUGACCAAAAACAUUUCAUUCAGUCUUACAUGACAGACUUUGGGAGACCAUGUGCCUGUGUUUUUAAUUAUGUUUCUGGAGGUCAUUUUCUUCUUCUUCACUAUAAUGUAUUAUUGUGAUGUGUGCUGCUGACCUCUCAUGAGGUUCUUACCUAGUCAAAUACAGGUUUGAAAAAAAAAAGGAAAACAGAAGCACAAUUUUUGAGCGUUCAUCAUUUUUGCUUUUGAUUGUUUUAAAAAGUCAAAUGUUGAUCAGAUCAAAACAUGCUGGUGAAAAGACACAAACAAAUGAUAACCAUGGCAACCGUGAAAUAAACACAUGAGCAGUACUGAAGUCUAAAAGAUAUAAAAUCUCUUCUCAUUUUGAUUCGGACAGAUGAAAAAUAAAAAUAAAAUAAAGAAGAGCCCCCAGGUUAGCGUGAUGUUUCACAACCACAGCAGUGAAUCAUCACACACACACACACACACAGACACACAUGCGCAAACGCACACACUGAUUUCUCUGUGCAUAUAUUCACACUGUGCAAUGCCAGACAUGCAGAACACAUCUUUAUCUUUAGUUCUUUAGUGGAGACUCCUCCAUACCGCCUGCACUGAACACACACACACACACACACACACACACACACACACACACACACACACACAUGCAGAGUGUUUAAUCUGCUUUGCAUCGACAAAUGCACGACACAUUCAGCUUUAAAUAGAGAGAAGAAUCAGAGCAGUGGAGCAAGAGAGCAAGAGAAAAAGAGAGCGAGAGUGUGUGUGUGUGUUUACAUCCAAACAGAAAGUCACAUCUGCAGAGAUAUGGAACUAAAAACAGGAGGCGUUACUCCUGAUGGUUCCCACUGACACAGUUUUGUCCUUUUAGUUGAAUGAAAAACCUUCUAGUAAAGAAAAACGUCUUCACUGAAUUUUGAGGAAACUAAAAAGUAAACAAAAACACAGCAGCAUUUCUCCACUGACCAGAAAAAAACAGAAGAAUAUAAAUAAAACGCCUUUGUCGAAGAAGAGGAGAACGUAGACAAUACGGCAGCACCACCUAGUGGACAAACAGGAGACUAAUCAGUGUUGUGAGUUAUCUAUUAUGCUUUUUAAACAAGAACUAUACAAAAGUCACUCAGUCUUUAUCACAUAUUUCCAAAUGAAAAGUUUAUUUUUUUAUCAUUGUCUUUGUGUUUAAAGUCUUUAUCAAAGGUGCCGUCUCUUGUUUAGAUUAGAGCAGAAAUCUGUGUGAAGGUCAGCUGACAAUCUGUUCCUGAUCAAACAUUUACACUGAGACACUAAUCUGCUUGAUGCUGAGUCACUAAAGACAAUCAGCGUUUAGAUUUCCAGACUUCCUUGAAUGCGUCAGAAAUCAUGUCUGACCUCAACUCAACAAACAAACAUUUUUAAAGUUUUCCUCUCCGUCUCUAAACCUGACAAAUUGUGACUUUUGACUUUUACCAGCCUGCGUUAUUCUGAAUGGAUCAGUGCAGAUGUUAGUGCUUUGGUCUCAUAGUACGGAGGUUUGCAUGUCCUCCAUGUGCAUGUGUGUGUUCAGGCUCAUCAGGUCAGCCGGUCACUCUGAACUGCCUGUAGGUGUGACUGUCUCUGUAUGUUAACUGUCCAGAGUGUACACACCUCUCACCCUGUGACAGCUCCGUCCACACGUGAUCCUAACAGGAACAGGAGGCAGAGAAAGAGGCUGGAUGACGAUGUUGUUUCAGCAAAUUUAAGACCCAAAAAUUCAUGAGAAAAUCUGGAGAAGUUCAGUGACAUCUUCUGUGUAACAGUGACCAUGAAAUGACUGUUUAUUAAUGUGUGAUUUCUUUAUUUUCAGAGUAUAAAAGCGCCCUGUCACCUCUCUGUGACCUCUCAGUGUCGUGUCCAGAGGAUUUGUCUGAAUGGCUUAAUCAUUGUUUCUCCUGCGUCUCUGAUCCUGCAAUCGUCCUGAUCUGUCCUCCACCACAGGUUGAUGAUUAUCUAUCUGACUGAGUGCGUGUCAAUGACAAACCUGGAGUCUUAUCGAAUCAACAAAAAGAUUGUUGUAUGAAAUGUGAAGCUGCAGAUCAACUUUAUAUAAGACUCUUACUGCUAAACCAUGUUUGAACUUGACUUCAUACUUUUGUGCUCCUGCUUUUAAAAGUUUUAUGGAUCCACAUCGAGUCUUACGGAACCAGGAAAAGGGAUGUGUGGAAGAACUUUCAUCAAAAGAAACGAUAAGAUAUGCAGCGUCACACUUGUGUAUCAUAGAAGUACCAGUUUUUGCUUAAAGGGAUAUUCCGGCGUAAAAUUAAUUUAGGGUCAAACACACUGUAACACUGAGUUAGACACCCCCUCGAGAGAUAAAUGUUGCUGACUGCUUGCUUUUCUAGUUAUACCAACUUUAGCAACGACCACAGGAUAGUAAUAUACAGCAGUCUGAGGAGCCAUAAACAAACCUCAACCAAAACGCCACUCUAUAGCCACAAAUAAUGCUCAGAACAGCACCUAACUUCAUCAACAGGACAUAUAGGGUCCCAGCCAUAGUACUAGCCACCAAACAUCUUUUUAGCUUUACCUAAUUUCUUUAGGAAAGAGACUAAACACAACUCACCUACUCUCUUCCAGCAGCCGCUUGUUUCUAGUCCAUUACAGACUGCAGCGGAGUUACGCAGCUCAAGGAAGAACAUUAAUCAUCAUUACUUUAUCAUUUCCUUGAAGUAAUAAUCACCAUAUUCAUCAUUUUGCACUGCAGAUGCGAUAGUUCUUCUGCCUUAGCAUCUCGUUCUGAUUGUAUUUCCAUGGAGAAAUGUUCAUAAAUGUUCCUCUUUGAGCUGCGUCACCCCGCUGUAGUCCGUAAUGGACUACAAACAAGCGGCUGCUGGAAGAGAGUAGGUGAGUUGUGUUUAGUCUCUUUGCUAAAGAAAUUAGGCAAAGUUAAAAGAUGUUUGUUGGCUAGUACUAUGGCUUGGACCCUUUAUGUCCUGUUAAGUUAGGUGCUGUUCUGAGCAUUAUUUGUGGCUAUAGAGUGCCGUUUUGGUUGAGAUUUGUUUAUGGCUCCUCAGACCGCUGUGUAUUGCUACCGUGCUGUUGUUACUAAAGUUGGUAUAAAUAGAGAAGCGAGUGCUCACCAACAUUCAUCUCUCGAGAGUGUGUUUGACCCCAAAUUAAUUUUACGCCGGAAUAUCCCUUUAACCACAUGUGUGUAAAGAAAUAGGAAGAAGAUGGCAGAUACAGAUAUGAUGAUAGGGGGUCAAAUCACAGCAUUCGGCAGCCCUGUUAGCAGACACUGAUAUCAUGGUACCAAAGCGGAGAAAAUUGGCCUGAUGAUAAUGAAAUUGGUGACUGGCUAAUUCGAUCACUCAAACAUGUGGAUUACUGGAAAUGCCCACCCCUAAUUCAGUCUGAAUCAGCUGUAUUGGCGAAGUAUUUUACAUGUGCAAGGGAUCGACUUUGUUCUCUCUGCACAAACAUUAAUAUGAAGUAUUACACAGAUACGCACAAGCUGACAUUAAAGGUUUAAUUUAUGCAGGACUGUUUUAGGCUGUAGUGCAGAGGAUUGUCAAGUGAUAGAAAAAUAAAACCUUAUAUAUGUCGAAAUUAGACCAGGAGCUGGUGUUUCUGGAACAACAACUCUGGGAUCAUUAAUGCAGCAGCAGGUUAUCAUGUUGGGAUGUUGUUGACACCUCGUGGCCUCCCCCAGAGUGAAGGAGGGAGGUUCUCCUGCCUGCUGGAUUUGGCACUGCAGGCGGCUGCAUAUGCUGCGCUGGAUUACACUGAUCCAACUUAAUGCCUAAGACCAUGCAAUCAUUCAUAACUACAGGAGCUGUGGAGGGCACAGCAGCGCUGGAUGCUCUGAGCUCCAUCUGCCGCUGCACGCAGGAUUAACUUCGAGGAAGAUGGUGAAAGGUGGGGGUGGGACGACCACGGAUGCAUAUAGAGGCUGCAGAGAGCACACAAUCUGAGGAAACACUCACUUCAAACACAUCACACUCUUCAUGUGUUUUAAAGCUGUGAGAUAUUUGUCCAAAUUUAAUCUGUUUCUGGAAUAACCUCACAGAGUGAUGGCGUCCACUCUCAGGUUGAGUUUUCAGCCCUAAAGUCUGCACACGCACUGAUCCGUGUCGGGUUUGUUUGAACAAUGCAUCGCCCUUGACCUCAGCAUACUAACAUGAAUAUGGAUUAAACUGACUUUACAAGGAGUGGAUGGAGCGAAGGUGGCGUCACACGCCGGUUAAUGGACCGCCCUUUGAAGCCUCGAGUUUGGCGUCACGGCUGAAACCAUCUUGUUGUCUUCUUUUGACCCAGAAGUGACUGUAUUUAGAAAAGAGGUGGAGCUCUGGGAUUAGGUUUGUCUUCGCCCACAGAUUUAGAUUCUAUUUGUGGUGGGAGCUGACGGGAAUCGUUUAUUUAUCAGAGACUCAAAGAACAGUGAACACCAGCGAUGCAGCUGCACACAUGUUUAAGGGGGGGGGAGAGUUCGCAGGUCAAUAAAGUGACCCAGUUUACUGAAAAGGGCCUUUAUGGGCGGAGCUAACAAGAACUAUGACCCCCACAUAAGGGCAGAGCCGGCCCAAGCCUCAAUGGGGCCCUAAGCAAAAUUUGUUUUUGGGGCCCUCUAGUUCUGCCAAUAAUACUGAUUGUUGAUCAUUCACACAGCUUCACAAAUCUUUUUGAUAAACAUACCUUUAUCUUGGUGUUUUUUCUCUUCUUCCUCUUUCUUUUCUCUGCUCCUGAAGGAUAUCUCCUUUUUGCGACAUUGUUUUGCCCCACAACUACCUGUGCUUUGGAUGCUCAGUGCACAUUGCACAGCAGGAGGCACAUAACGGUAGUGGAGCUUUGACAUAUUGACAGUAAGAAUCAUAGGCCUACAUCAGCAGCAGCACUAAAAUGUUUUUACUUUAUUCUAUUUUUUACAAAAAUACAUAUUUGAUCAUACAGAAAGCAUCACUCAUACAUGCAAAAAAAUAUUUAAUUUUUCUUUUUUUUUUUGCUCUUGGGAGCCCCCUUUUGGUCGCGGGGCCCUAAGCAGGCACUUCACUUAUGCCUUGGGCCGGCUCUGCGUGAGGGGAACAGAUACUGGCUGAUUAGUGCUAACACUUAAGAUAGUAAUACUUGAAUUUGAUGGAGUGUAAAAACUGAAUGUUGGAUUUGUUGGACGGUCAACAAACACAUGUUGAGCUCAUGGACUCAGUUUGCCAGGGCAAGGAUGGACAACCAUGUGCCAUGGAGGGCCGAGAGGCUGUAGGUUUUCUUUCCAACCCAAAACUCCACCAGAUGAUUUCACUGAUUAGUCCCUGCUCUCUGCUUGGAGGUAAUCAGUGAAAUCACCUGGUGGAGUUUUGGGUUGGAAAGAAAACCUGCAGCCUCUCGGCCUGACUAUACACAUCAAGUGCGAUGCGACUUUGCGACUUUCCAGGGGGGAAAAAGACGCACCCCAGGUGGAAGCAAGAAGACUGACACAACAGCAGACUGACUGUUUUUCAGUUCGGAUUCGACUCUAGUGUUGAGAUGUCUGUCUGUCAUGAUAGCAUGUACUGAGUCGGGCCAGUACCAGAUAAGCACAUUAAACUAUAAUCCAUAAAACAAAGACGUUUAGCAAACUGUUAAAGCACACAAACCAUCGUCAUAUGAGAAAUCUGACGCUAUGACUCUCCACAAGUUGUCCUUCAGGUCGUUAUCUUUGUAAUGUUUGUGUUUUUUAUCAAAAAUCACUCUGUUCUCUGACACGUAAACAAUCAGCCGGUCGGCCAUGUUGAAUAUACCGCUGAAUCUGACGUUGCAACAAUAUGAAAUCUGAUUGGUCAGAAGUGGACACACAGAAUGCGAAACUUAAAAAUAUUGACGAAGCGACAAAAAAAAUGCCGCAAUAUCGCAGGACGGGAAAACGUCGCUGAUGUGAACGCUUGUAUUGACAGGAUACGGGUUCGAAAAAAAAUAUUAACGUCUGAAAUAAUUGCAUGAAAAAAAUGCUCCCGGUGUGUAAGGACCUUUAGUUUGUGGACCUGGUUUUGGGAAUACUCUUUGGUGGAAUGGUUAAGUUGCAUUCACACAUGAACAUGCACAGUCAUGCAUUUGCUGCAUUUUUUCAAAAUAAGAAGAGAAACUCUAACCUUUUUGUUUUUCUUACGUCUUUGUCAUAUUUGUGUCUCUACACAGAGUUGAAGCCCUGCCCUCCGAUCAUCGGGAGAGUCGAUCCGCCUGCAGGAACCCCCUCCACCAGGACAAACUCAUCACAAACUGCUGCUGCACUAAAAAAAGAAGAAAAAAAAGAACAGCAUCCACAAACCCUUUUUGGAACUCUGUGCCUUCAACCAAAGUUCACCGGUGAUACUUCUGAAGCUUUUUUUCGUUUUUACGUUUUCUUUCGAGCAGGACUCCAAGGAUUUAUCUGCCUGAUGUAGGAGGGCCUGGGAUCUGCUCUCCCACUUUGUCUCUCUGGAGAAAAAAACAAACACAAAAGAAACGAUCACACUGAACCGGGACAUGCAAGUUUUGAUCAUUUUAAUGUCCUACCGUGUUCUUUUUUUUCUACGAAUCGUGUCAGUGAUUUACUUCAUUAUCAGAAGAAAUCCCUCGCUGUGCAAUAUCAGUCGAUAUUUUUGUGAAGUUGUCAUGUGGAUGUAGACUUUGGACAAACUUUUUUUGGUUUAUUUUUGUAAUGAUGUUUUCCUGAUUUCUAUUUUUCUAAACUGAAGACGGCGCAAAGACAGACGAGAGGGGAGAAAAAAAAAAAAAUCAUCUGUUUUAAGAGGAGAGAGGACGUUUGGUUUUUCCUGAGGAUGAUUUGUCCAAGUUUAGUUUCCCUGACUGCAUCCCCCUCCCACCAGGGCCAAAAGCCAUAGCCUAUCUCAGAAAACAUUACACCGGUGAUUUGAACACACCGGUGUCCCUAACAGCACGAUGCAUUCAGGGUCUCACAGCGCGGGGCUGACACCACAGGCUCGUCUUGACGGCUCGUCUUGGCUGUUGGAUUCGUUGAGCGAUGUUUUUUGGUUUCUUCUGUUUGUUCAGGGGCUUGAAUCUGAAGUAUUUAGUAUUCUCUACCUUUGUGUGGCCUGUUCUUCUUGCUGUUAUUUUGUACUUCCUCCUACAUAUCAAUCAAGCAACUAUAAGUGGCAUGAGUAUGUGUGUACCUGAGAAAAUGAAUGAGUGUGUUCGCCAGAAUGGAGGUCAAAUACUGUAAAUUCUCAAAUGAAAAGCUGAAUAAAGGUCAGUGCUGCUGAAAGGACCAGAUUUACAUUAAAAAGGUCAAAAUGAUAAUAAUAAAAAAAUACCAAUAAAAGAUGGCUGUUUGGUCAGUUAGAAGAUAUAAAACUGUCAUUAUCAUGGGUUUAUGGAAGAAGCAGAUGUAGCCCCUUAAAAAGAUACUCACUGGUUUAGGAAUCGACACAAUUUGACGAUUUAACAUGGGACCAAUUUACGCAAUUAGCAUCAAGGUGUAAUAAAGAAGAUUUAACGGAAGAUUCAGACCUGGGAUGUGAGUGUUUAUUUAACUGAACCAUAAAAUAUCGUCACUCGCACAAGCUGGCUCCAGUUGAACAAGUUAUUCAUAUUUUUAUUAUUAAUAUGCGUCCAAAUAGCAGUCAUAUGUUGUGUCUAAGCUAACGUAGCUCCUGCUAUGACGCUAUAACACUGUUGGUGUUUUGAUCUAGAAGGAGGUGCUAGCUCUGCUAAUGGAAACCCCACCUAACAAACCAAUUCGGCAUCAUUACCUGCAGACUCUACAAUCCUGUGUUCAGCUGUGUUGGAUAAAUUGUACUAAUGAGACCAACAUCCGACUGAAUGAGAGAAUAAAUCCCCUGGGAAGUAAAAUCUUUUUAUUUCAUGUCAGAUCUUGUAUAUCAUCAGACUUUUUUGAUCAAUACAAAACUUUUUUAAUGACUUUGCUGUUAUACAAUAAAGUUAUCUCCAUGUGUUACAUCCUGUUUGUAGUUUGUAACUAAACAACUCAAUAAAGUGUCUUCAAAUUACAUAAAGUCCACACAUUUUUCUGCUGUGACACAAACAACAUUGUUUGUGAAAUAAGUUCCUAGUAGCCCAAAAAUGUGAUUUCCCCAUUUGCUAUUGGAUUGUUGGCGGCUUAGCACUGAUACAGCUAUGCUAGCAUGACAUAGCUGUUGUUAUCGAGUGCUGGGUUUCAGUCUUGUUAAUUAGUUGCCUAAAAGUAAAAAGUCUCAUUUGUUUGUCCUCUUUGCACAUUUCAAUCAUUUUCUUUCAAAUUUAUUAAAUCCAGCAACCAUCUUUCCAUUAAAGCAAGUCAGUUUGGGAAUUUUUUAGACAUUUGAGGAGAAAAUCAAACUCUAAAUGGGGCAAACUUUGUCAAACCGAUAUAGACUGUUAAUGUCAGUUGAAAUCCAAAGUGUUUUAGGUGCUUUUGGAUCAAUUCAUACCCAACAAUUCUAACUCCUCCAAUCAUCCUAGGUUAAAUAUUCCCACAAGCAGGUUACGGUCAAUAAGAAAACAUCAUGAGCCUGUUCCUUCAUUCUGAAACUAGGUGUGUGCCUUGUUUGCCAGUUUUAGUUUGCUGAGAAAUAACUAAUAGUGUGGUCUUUUAAUGUUGGCAGCUGAUCGCAAACUACUAAGAACGAUAAAAAGCUGAUCAGGUCAUUCAUUCUUGACUUUGAGAAAACAUAAUAGGAAUAGAAAGUUUGGACGGAAGAUGUGAGUUUCGGUCUCUGCAGCUACUACAAACACAUUCAUCCAAUCUCAGAAAGUUUCUGUAGAUUUUUAUAGAAAUUCCACAUUAAUAUAAAAGCUUAAUGACAAAAAUAUUUGACUAUUUUAACUGCAUAAGACUGGUGAAAGAAAGACCAAUGCUUUAUGUAGUGAGGGAAUCAAAAAGUAAGGAGAUUUACUCAAAAAAAGAGCAAAAACAAUCAAGAUAAACUCCUCUUUCUACUGAAGACUCGGGCCUGCGUUUGAGAAUUUACAGUAUUUCCUGUUUUAUCGUUUCAAUCCUGUUUUCUGCAGUUGUGAAAUGUGUUCUGUGUUUCCUCAAAGCUGCUAUCCCUGUACUGUGUAGAUCGGAGAUGUCCAGCCUUAUCCUGAAGUCCUACAAACAUCCUCCAGUACACUGUUCAAACAUCACACAUAUCACACACACACAAACACACAUCCAGGCUCAUUGUGCAUUUAUUCACAUUCAACACAUCUGCUGUCGACUCGAUCCAGUUUGUGCUUUCAGGGAGAUGUCCUUUUCACAUCUGAUGAUCGUGUUUUCCACCAAAAUUUCGUUUUUGUCUUUUGACACAAAUUGUAGUAACAGUCCAUCAGAUCCAAAUUAUUCUCAUUAUUAUUUUUAAUUGGGAGGAUCCAUCUUUGGUCCUGACUUCAAUUUAUCAAUCUAUAUUUAUAUAUUGGCAUUUCACAACACAUGUUAUUCUAGAAAGAACAGGUCUAGACCAUACUCCUCAUGAUGUUUAAUAGAUAUGUAACGAUGGGAUAAGGUUGAGCCCCAUCUUGCAAAUCAGACCCACUAUGAUCCCACCUGAAUAUAAAGUAAGUCACGCACUUUGCAGCAUUUAUCAAGUUAUAGUGGAGAGGAACAACUUCUUUUAUCAGGCAGAAAUCUUGAGCAGAACCAGACUCAUGUUAGACAGUCAUCUGCUGAGACUGCAUGGUGAGACAAACGUGUCAUUAUCCAGUUUCUGUAACUGAUAAUCAUUUUUAAACGAGACAUAUUAGCCUUUUCAGAUACCUCAGUGUAUACUGUGUCUGGUAUUUUCUUUGUUGAUGAACUCUCAAAUGUAAAAAGCUAAAAAAUCCUCUCAAAAGCACAAACUGGAGCUGUCAGUCCCACACACAUUUCCCAACAUUUCACAAAACCAUGUCUUGAAAAGCGACUGUUUGUAGGCGAACCUGCAAAGUGUAUCUUUACUUUUAAUGCAUGACUUGGAUUGAAUACCGCCCCGCAUUUAUAUCCAGCGGGGCUGUUGUGUUCUGCCAGCAGUAGUGGAGGUAGUUUCCCUCUGUGUGGAGUCCGUACACUUUGCUGCCUGUGAGUGUGAAUCAUCCGUGAAGCUGCCUCCGUCCGUCAAGUACCUUUACCGACACCCGUCCCCAAAACAACGCUGCCAAAUUGGUCUGAAAAGCCAAAUUAUUUUUUUUCUGACGUUCUCUGUGUUUCAGUGGUUCAAGUGUAACACGUUAAACCUCAUCCCGUUAAUGUUACAUUGUGUUUUUAACAAAAUGAAUCCUGUUUGUUAAAUUGUUGAUAAUAUAUGCAGAAGAGUUAUGAAAUAAACUGAAACAAACUCAGGCA